GCUUGCUCUCCGUUUAACCUCCGAACAGCGGCUGGAGGCGACUCAACACGGCCGCUCUCAAAUCUCUCUUUUCUUUCUCUCUCUUUUCUUUCUCUCCUCGCCCCCUUGCUCCCUCCUCUUCCUCCUCCACCUCCCUCCCUCCGUCUCCCCCCCGUCCUCCCUCCCUCCCUCCUCUUCCUCCUACCUGAUUCAGAUCCGCUCCGACGCUAUGCGUAUGACCGCGUCUCUCCCUGCAAGGCGAGCACCACCGGAGAGACCCGCGCGUUGCCGCCGCCGCUGCUGCCGCCGCUCCUGCUGCUGCUGACCGCCGGCCCCGCGAGCACCAGAACGCCGGCUGACGAGCGACCGAAGCCGGGCAACAGGAGCGGGAGACACCGCCGCUGAUUGAAGCUCCGCGGGGGGAGAAGGAGGAAGACAUUACCGGGCGAAGGUAUUUAAUAUUCAUAUUUUAUCGACACAUGAGAGCGGAGAGGUGUUUAUUUGUGCAGAAGAGGAGUAGUAGGUGGGAUUUUCUCAUGAAUAUAAUCGCUUUUGUGACUAAAACUGAACAUUGAUAUUUAUGUUUGUCCAUCGAGAGAGCUCCCACGUUAGACAUGGACGACAGCCUGUUGUGCAUCCGGCUUUAUUUAUUAUUUUAUUCUAAAUUUGAGACCCUGAGAGCCGCAUUAACACAAUCUGAGACAUUCUGCACCUGGAUACACAUGCAAACUGAGUCUGAUUUGUUGGAUUUACAGUUGAAGUUUGGGCUUCAGGUGAGAUGCAGACUGGAUUUUUGAAGGUGUCCACAUCGUAAUCAAGGAAAUGCACACACACAUACACACACACUCAGACACACACACACACACACACACCCGUGAGCGCCCACCAGCCUGCACACACACACUCCUCACAUACAGACACUUUUACUGCAUAAGCUCAAAGACAAAGUGAUAUCUGAUAGUGGACUGUGCAGGAGCGAUAAUGACAUGCAUGCUCAUGCACUCAUAAUCUGCUGUCAUUGCAUGUAUUAUGGUUGGUGGUCCGUCUGUAAUGAGCCAUAUGAUCCCCUCUUUUGUUGUCAUCAUUAUCGCCAUCCUCUCUCUUCAUUCAGCCUCCCUGUCUUCUAUUCAUCUUCAGCACCAUCACCAUUGUUUCCUGCCCCUAUCACAACAAAAGUAUAGUGCUUCCUCACAAACGCAGGAGGGAGAAAAGAGGAACUGAAAAAAGAGAAGUCGCUGCCUCUAACUGAAAGAGUACAAAUGAAGAGGAAGAGGCGAAAUUAAUGUGAGAGGAGAAGGGGAGGCAUUUUGCACCCUAACUUUAAGCGAGAGCGGCCAGAGAAAGAAAAUAAAACUCCUGUGAGCUUUCUCUCCUCGUCAAUAAUUCAUCCCUCCAUCUUUUCCAGACUCCUGGAUAGAGAGAUCGGCGAGAGUGUGGCGUCCCAGAGCCGGCUGUCCCAUCCGUCAUCCUCUCAGCAGAGCGUCCACCUCCUUUAACUCCGCUCCCUUCUCGUGCUCCUCGUCCUCUUUUCUCCAGAAGUUCUCCUUUUUUUUUUUCUAACUGCGCCUCCUUCGAGACGACCGCGAGCUCGUCAUGGCGUCCAAGCUGAACCCAAACGUCCUGUACGUGGCGGAGCACGGCGAAUCACUGGGGUCACCCCAGGGUGACUCAGAAAGGACUCAUAUUGUGAGUACGGUUAUUUAUCACUCAGUCAGGCUUUAUUUAUGAGGCGUGCACGUGUUUAAAACUGAGUCCUAUUUUCUGUUAGAAAUUCAACAAACUCACUUUAAAGGUUCGGGUUUCUGUGGUUGACUUAUAUGUUGCCUGAUUUCCUCCACGCUACACAACUCAGACUGACCCAGAAAGUCACUUUACGCUUGAUGAAAGCAACAUUUAAAAAAAAAUUAACAUUAAGCCUUAAAAUAUGGUAGAAAAUUAGUUUUCAGCUUCUUAUAACUGCUUUAAUUCUGACUCUAACACCUUAAAUGGGCGUUUUGCAAGAGUAAAUAAACAAAAUGUGUCUUUUUAUUGCUCAUAUUUUGUAAUUUCGGCUCAAGAUUAAAGAUUUUAAGUCUAUUUUAACUUAUUUUAACUUGUACAACAGGACGUUUUUAACAUAAAUAUUUUAAGUGAGACUAAUUUUAGCUGAAAAACGGCAAAAAAAAAAUAUUUCAAAGACAAACCCGAUGAUUAAAGCCAAUCAGGUAGACAAAGUUUAUGUAGAAAUAUGAAUUGAGCUCAAGAAAAAAAUCAGGUAUCUUUUUAUUCUUAAGAGUCUUUAAAGAGCAAACUCAACGUUGAAAAUUCGGACACUGAGAGUUCACAGUAUCAGGACAAAAGUGAGACGUUCACGCAGGAAGUCGAAUUUAUUUCUAUACACCAACAUGAGCAGGUCAACAUGUUUCAUGAAGACCAGGUUAGAAACUCAGAGGUCCUGAUUUCAGGCAGAGAAAGAGAUCAAAUCCACAGGCGAGGAAAAAUGGAUGAAACAUUCUCAAUUAAAAGUGGAAGAAUCUAAAUCAUAGUUAACUGUAUUUUACGUGAUAUAAUGUGAUGAAUUUUACUGCUUUACUGACGUGGAUCUUGAGCUCAAGUGCAGCACAACUUAGGGAACCUCUACACAAGACUAACUAAAGGCACUUAAGUAAUAUAUUAAAAUUUAAACCGUUUAUAAUCAGACAGCAGGUCAAGAUGAUUAGAUACGAUAGAUUUUUACACCUAUUUUAUUUCAUUUUUUUUACAGAAAUUUGAUUAAACACCAAACAAAAUCUCAUUUCUGUGUUUUUGUGUGAAUUUUAAUAAAUUUAACAAGUUCACCACUUCCUACUUCUCUGGAUCGAAGCACAUAGCUUUAAUGUACAGGCUCAUUUCUAACUGCAGUUAUUUUAUAUCAUUAAACUUAUUUUAUAUGUGACAAAGUUGUUUUUUUUAAGCCAAAGGUGCUCAGUUUUGUCCAUCAUUUGCCUAUUUUGCUUACCUGUUCAAUCCAUAAGGACCAAGUUCAACUUUAUUUAAGUUAUUUUAAGUCUAUUUUAACUGAGUGUCUUCUUUCAAACAAGCUUCCAGCAUGUUAAUCUAGUUGAUCAAGCUCCCUGAUGUAUUUCUUGCCUUAUAAUGAAGAAAAUUAUGUACAUGAAGUGGCGCUUUAAAGGGUUAAAAAUGUUAUUUAUUUGUAUUUUAUGAUCAUUACCUGACAGAAGUUGUUUUCCUCCAGGCUGGAGAGGCAGGAGAAGAGUCGUCAGACAGCGACGGGGAACAAGAAGAGACGUCACAUAAGUUGAUCCGCAAAGUGUCGACCUCGGGACAGAUACGAGCCAAGGUAGGAAAACAGAGACUCACUAAACUUCUGUGUGUGUGAGAGAGAGAGUUUUAUUCAUGGAACAGGCCUCCUUAAGCUCCUCAAAUAUCAAUAUUCAACCUGAGUAGUGUCAGAGAACUGUUGUAAAUCUAUCAAGGGGAUUUCAAUUUACAACUUUUUAUUUUACCGUCUUGCAUUAUAGAUUUCGGCUUUCCAAAUUUGUGCUGCUGCUUUGCGUGCGUCUAUUUGGUACAUACUGAAACAGGACUUCCUCAAGGUAAAGAGCCACAUUAGCAAACCGGGGGAGGAAUCAAAUAUUAAAGCUCAUGGAAGUGCUCUUAAGUUCGUCGGAGAAAGUCGCAGGAAAGUCAGGGGGAACUUUUCAUUCACGCUGAGAAACCUGAUUAAACAUUUGAGCAGCUGAUUUAUUUAAGACGUAGUAUAAACAUUUAAACGUGUCGGCCCAGAGUGGAUGUUUGGUUUGAAGGCAGCUGAAGGGCACUUUUUGGAGGAUCUCACUCUGAACUCUCUGUCCAUUGAAGGAUUUUCUCCCUUUAUCAGAGUCUUAAUGCCUCCCCUGUAGCUUCAUCAACACUUCUAACUGGUCAGUUGGUCGACCUCGCUACAGUUUCAGACAACGGAAAUUACAAGAUACAAAAAAUCUUGUUGGAUUUAGACUGUAAGGAAAGACAAUGAUAUCAAAAUGGGCCUGUUUCAGACACGUCAAAAAAAAUCCUUGUAGGAGCUUUAAAUUGCAGAUCUAGCGCACUAUCCUACUUGUUGCAACAAAAGUUAUCCGAGCACUUACUCUGCCAUGCAUUGCCCUCAGUGUGGAUUAAAAAGCUGCCAAAUCACAAGACGCCGUCUGUUUGGUGUAGAUCAGUGAUGGGCGAGGAUGUUUAAUGAUUAAGUUUUAGCUACCUGUUGCAUACUUUGUCCACAGGGGGUGCCAGAAUCGCAUUAAAAUAGAUGUCCUCUGACAUGUGGAUUAAAAGGCUGCCAAAUCACGAGACGCCGUCUGUUUGGUGCAGACCAGUGAUGGCGGGGAUGUUUGAUGAUUAACUUUUAGCUACCUGUUAAAUACUUUGUCCACAGGGCGCGCCAGAAUCGCAUUAAAAAAGAUGUACUCUGAUGUGCAUUACCCUACAUGUGGAUUAAAUAGCUGCCAAAUCACGAGACGCUAUGUGUUUGGUGUAGACCAGUACAAGCGGGGAUGUUUAAUGAUAAAGUUUUAGCUACCUGUUACACACUUUGUCCACAGGGGGCGCCAGAAUCCCCCCUACAUAGAUGUCCCUACCGUUGUAAAAUCAACAGCUGUUUGUCGAAUUAUUUUAUAGGGAAAUAAACCCUUUCUUUUUAUUCACAACCCUAUUAUCUUGGUCACAUAUAUAGUUGGUUGUAAAAUUUAAAACACGGCCUAAAUAGUUCAACUUUUAUUAAAACUGAUGUGAAUUUUGACCUACCUUAGUUUUCCUCGCCCUCUGCUGGGAUCAGACUAAUCCUGAUUUCUUGAAUCGAAGUCGUCUCGCUCUGACUAAUGUCAUUGGAGCAGCUCUGACAGGAUGUUUUAUCUAGAUAAGAGGCAGGAUUGGAUUACCUGAUCUAAUCUGAUUGUUAUACUUUUAUUCCCUUCCUCUCUCUUACUCUCGCUGCAGAGACAUUCGAGUCUCUUAAAGCUGCUCGUUGGCACCUGGCCUGUAUUUUACUGUAAGAUAUUGAUGCUUUGAUAUUAGCCGCUUACCGGCAGAUCCACUCACACACAUAAUUCUGCCUCAUUAGUUAUUGAUGAGCUAAUACCCUCGCUGAGAAUUGCGUUAUUUUCAAUAGACUCACAUGACGACUGUACAAAUAACUCUCAUGGACGCGUUGAAACCGUCAGCCAUUACCUGCUUUGACCGUCAACAAUUAAUCACCCGCGGAUCGAUGAGUGAGAACAGGAUACCCGGCAACCUCAGUUGUCAUGGAGAUGACAUCCCAUAAUGACAUGUUUGUUCCUGGAGCACAUAAUGGUAUUGGAUAUCAGUCUAGUAUUGAUCAGGUAAUCUCAUCGGACACCGCUGUAAUGCAGGGUUGAGGUUGAUGUGCAUCCGUAUAAGGGCAUGAGGACACCAUCGAGGGUUGCUAUGGUUUCAAGUAUGAAGUGAAGGAAGAGGAUUAUAGAGGAAAGGCAUGACCACAGACUAAUACGUCCACAUGUGUUGUGCUUUUUUGCGUGUAUGACACUAUUUACAAGGUGUUCCCUGUCAGCUCCGCACCACAGGAAAAACCAGCUGACUUAAACAUCACGUUUGUUUUUAUUGGCUAUUUGUCACACUGGGCUUACUGGGGCAUCGAGUGGUCGUGGAUAGCUGUUGAUCAAGUGGUUAACCGCAGGACACAACCCAGUGCUAAAAGCUAUUGUCACCUGGAGAGGGAUUACAAAGGCAAAGUGCAAAUCAUGACUUAUAUACAAUGCAAAGACAUUAUUUCAGAUGGUGUAUAGACACUACCGGACUGAAUUCACUCCCAAUGUGAGAGCUGAAGGGUCAGUUAGCAGCACAGCAGUCAGUUUUCCCCUUAACAAUGUGAAUUUUGUAAUUGCACCUUAUCAUGUCAGUUACAUUCUGGAUGUGUCUCCAGCCUUCCAAGUUAAAAAAGGCUGGGCACCCCUGACCUAGCUAAACAGGCUAAAUGACGAUUAUGAAAUUACCGUCAAAACACUACCAGCACUAUCAGCUGUUGAAGGUGUGACACAAGUUUGAGUGAAUGCUAAUACUAACUCUGCUGUUUAAGCCGUUAAACUGAUUUUUUAACAAACUCUUGUAGAUCUUAAAACCUCAUAAUAGCGAUUAAAAACCUGCAACUAUAUUCAGACCUGUUUUCUUAUGAUGAUGCUAUCACGUUGCCUAGGGUUGGGUAUCGUUUGAUUUUGAAUGAUUCCGAUUCCUCGUUCCGAUUCUGGUUCCUAACGAUUCUCUAUUCCGAUUCUUUUAAAGGCAGAAUAUUAAAAAACAUGCAUGGUUUAAAUGAGGGUGCUAACCGGGGUUCUUCUUUUUGGAUGAAAUUUCUAAAGUUUGGAACGGUUCCGGAAGAUUUGGAAUAUUAGUCCCGGUUCCCCUCGAUGCUCGAGACUCGAUGCCCAACCUUAACGCUGCCUCCGUCCUACUGGCUCAAACAAGCUCUUUCGUUCGGAAACAGUCAUAUUGCUUCUAAAGAUUGGGAUACAUAUAUUAUUAAAAAAAUUUUAAACAACAAAAACCAGAAAUAAAUAUUAAAAAAACAGCGAAAGUGUUUACUAAACUGACAAAAAUAUGCAAAUCAUGUUAUACGCUGAUGAUACUGUUGUAUGUAAAGAUUACAGUUAAACUGGACUUGAUUUGAGCAGCUAAGGGUCUUUGAGCUUUUGUAGGUUUAUGUGUAUGUGUGUGUGUGUGUAUGUAUGUAUGUAUGUGUGUAUGUGUGUGUGUGUGUGUGUGUUGAUUAGACAGCGUUUACCUUCAGUCAUGUGACAGAUUAAACCCUCUAUCUAUUGUAGGAUUAUUAUUUAGUGUCAACAAUGGCCUGAGCGGAUUACAGGAGUUGUGUAUCUCUUUUUUUAUGGUAUGUGUGUGUGUGUGUGUGUGUGUGUGUGUGUGUGUGUGUCUAAGGUGUGCUGGACUGCAGACCUGCCAAAAUGUCUCCGCACUGGCUUCAAACCCCUUUCAUGCUUCCGCUGCCUCCUCUUGUUUUGUCCCCUGUCUGUUACCGUACUUGUUAGAGCAGCAGUCUGUUCGCACACUUGUUGAGAAGGCGUUAAUUCUUAUCAGCAGUGACAUGACAUCCCGACACUAUUACAUUAAUUCACUUCCUCACCCACGAGUCCCUAAAUAAUUAUACAGAUGCGGUGAUAGCUCUCUGAAGACUGGAGACAUUCAGGUUUGCUGUAAUUGAAUAUCUUUGGGUUCUGAAUGGAGGUUUUUGAUACUCGAGCCUCGUGUUUUCAGACUGAAUAUUUAUUGAAUAUUAAUUUACGAUGGAGUUCUUCAUCAUGGAGCUUCAAUUUUCAUGCGAUGUCAUGUAAAAUCUGUAGGGAACAAAACUGAAAUCACUCGAAAUUCACAACCCUUCUCCGCCAGGCUUAUCUGACAUGCAAAUACUCACAUGGUCAAUGAUCUAUGGCUGCUGUUUUACAGCCGUGACCUCAAUCAAACCGAGCUUGACUCGGAGACUUUUUAUUGGCUGACUCAGCAGCUAAACUGAUUGGAGCGUAUUUGCAGAUAAUGGUUUAAAGAGUUAAUUAUUAGUGCUGGUAGAUGUGAUAAUUUUUCUACAUAUAAGGUAAUGCAACAACAUGCAUCAACAUGUCAGCUGUGUGGAAGUAUUUUAAGAGUAACCGGUGAAAUAUUUUACAUGAGAAAAGGAGUGUUUAUAUAUCGUCAUCGGUGCAACUUGAGGUGCAAUACUGUUUUGUUUGGUUUUGCAACAUCAUAAAUGAACCUAAAUGUAUUUUAAAAAGUUAUUAAAGGUGGGUAGGCAGGAUUCCGUUAAAGAAGCAUCUUUUUUUGUGAUGUAUCUACAAAAAGCUUUUAAUACCAGUCAAUAAUUAUUAGUUAUUGAUGACAUUUAGUAAUAUGACGAUAUCACUGUGUUUUGUUAUGUCUGUGUCGUCAAUAUUUUAACAUUUAUGAGUGGUCCGCUCUUUCUGACCGUAAACAAAGCCGUUCUCCACCUCCUCUAACCUGAUUGGUUGUGAGGCAGACGCUGCUCCCCCGUGUCGUUCACGAGCCCAAACAAAGUUAGCGUGCUACAAUAUCAGACAGUAGAAACCAACCAGAAAGUUCGGAAAAUUGUCUGAAUCCUCCUUUGGCCACGACUGCCGACACGAGCAAGAAAACAAAGUAAAUACCGGAGACUCUGGAGGAAGAACAGGCGCUAAAAAUGGAGGUAGACCGGACAAGAGCUAAAAAGUCGGGUCAACAUAAAAUGAUGGGGGCACUUCGGGAUCUUACAGACCUGUCUGUAACAGAAGUGUUUCUUGUCAAACGGACCUGCUGUAGCGUGUCGUAGCGCCACUAAACUGUCUCCCUCGGGUCCUGGACUAUGUCACUUUAUCCUAGUUGUAGAAGUCCUGCAAACAUUGUGUUUGCUGAUAGUCUGUUGGCGGAAACAAGAUGGCUACAUCUACAAAAGUUAUUUUAGCUCUUGCCUUGUCCUUGUUAUAUCCGGACAAGGCAAGCGCUAAAAUAACUUUCGUAGAUGUAGCCAUCUUGUUUCCACCUCCGAUUUUGCUUUUUUCCGACUUGGUAAUCGAAACGCUGGUAACUCGGGUGUGACGUCAUUUCCAGCUCCAACAUCUGACUUCCGAGGAAACUUGAACGCAGCAUUAGAUCCGUAGAGACAUCUGAAGUCGUUACGGUUUGAGUCAAACUUCCUCUUUGGUGUACCUCAGCUUUGCAUACUGAAACUGCUAAAAGGAAGCAACAAUUAGCAUAUCUCGAACAUUUUGGCUCGAGAUUAGUAGGAAUGAAGUCACGAUUCUGAGUGAUGUUGCAGUUUUGCAUCAGGCAAACCUGCUCAUCUGAUUAUCUCUAAAUGUCAAACCUUUAGCAUCACGUUGACAGAUGCUAAGUAUUAGCUCUAAAACCAAUAAAGGGAAAACUGGCCCGGUAAUACGGCUAUUUUCAGGAUCUGACGCAUCACCGCAUCGAUUACCUCCUGUGCUGUGAAUUAUGCGGCGCUUUACAACAAAAGCAUCAUGUAUCUGGAUGUAAAGUAAGUUAUCGAUCGGGGUUAUAUGUGGAGCUGUGGCGAGUUCUCUGGAUUGAUGGAGAUGGGUGGUCCUUGGCACAGAGACACAUGCUUUUAUCUUUAUGAGGACCUCCCGUUCACUAAAUUUAGACCCUCGGCUUAAGUGGACGGUCAAAUGGGAUGAGCUCAAGCUGUUAUAAAAUCAGACUGAAGUAAAACAUAGUGCUGGAUUUAUUCGUGAAGUUUGUUGGGAACACUUUAAAUGUCACUGACAUUAUCGUGACGAUGACUUGUGGCGGACGCUGUCGCUUUUAUUCGGAUGUUUUAAAAGAAAGACGUAAAUCUUUUCUUGGAGUGGAUUAAAUCGUCCCUUUCUCGCCCUUGACCUGUGACCUCCGCUGAUUUCCUCACUUUCUUUUUCACUCCUUCUUCUCUCUCUCUACCUCCAGGCUUUGUUAUGUAAGCGUUCACACUCUUUCUUCUCCCUCUGUUUUCCCAUCAUCCUCUUUUCCUCCUCCUCCACCACCUCCUCCUCCUCCUGCUCCUAUUUGCGUUGCUCUCAUUUACUCUUCGGAAAAAAAUAAAGAGACACAGGAAUAGAAUGAGGCGGAAGAGCAAACAGCUUCUGUGAAUCGUGUGUGUGUGUGUUUGUGAUUUCUGUGUGUGUGGCCCCACCGCUGUGGCUUCGAGUGGGACGAUCAGGCGAGCUGUAAUGAGCGUGCACGUGAAAAUACACAAACCCGGCGAGGACAGGGCAGUCCCUUCAUUACGGGGUCUUUCCAUGAGAGACGGCUCCUGUCCUUGUUGUGCCUCUGUAAUCUCCGCCUCUCCUACAGAUUUAAUUGUUUCCUUCACACCUGCGCUCCGUGUUUUUGUUUCUGUUUACCCGCCUCUGCUCCGAACUCUUGAGUUGUUUAACUUAAUCCAAUCCGAUCCAAUCCGCUUUAUUUAUACAGCACAUUUUAACUAUAUUUGACAGUUUUUCAGUAUUUCCCAGUGGGUUUCAGAGCAGUUUUAUCGGGAUUUAUUAAGAGUAAAAUGAGAUGAAACUACCCUGAAUCGCCAACGAACACAGCGUAAUUUGAUUUACACACUUUUGGGACAGCACAAAAACUAGCUAGGCUAAUUGCUAGUAGCUCCCAGAAGUGACGUCAGAUAAAUCUAAUUGGCGUGUUUGUUAAUUUGCUUCUUUUCAAAAGACAACAGUUGUGCGUAUUUUUGAUUAACGUAGCAUUGGCUGGCUUGAGAAUGUCGCUUCCAAGAUAGCUCGCAACUAUGCUGUUAAUUAGCAAGCUAACCAGGUGGCUAACGUUACAGAGUUUGGAAAUUAAAAAAUGCUUCAGCAGGAUUUUUACACUGUUAUGAUAUUUUAGUGUAUUUGCCCUUUAUUCUACACGAAACAAAACUUUCCUAAAAUUGACGAAAGAUUUCAAUGUAAGUCAGCCCGUUUGACAGUGUCACUUGCUAGCAAACUUUGGCUAGCUAGCCUUGUAGCUAAUGUAACAGGUGGCAGUUGGUUACUAUCUGGCACACUGUCCAGAUUCACUAUUUUGUAUAUAAAUCUUUAUUUUUUUCUUGUAUAGUCAAUAUUUAACAAAGACUUUGGUAUUUUACGCAUCAAAACUAAGAUUUUUCCGAACUUUUCUAUACCCAAAUCUAGCAAAUCUAGCUCCUUUUUCUGGAGUUUAGAGCCUCCAACAUAAUCGCAGGAAUAGAUGUUACUCUUCUCGACAGGUAGCCGGUGGGCAUCAAAAACACGGACACAGACACCCUGCGGUGACAGUGGGUUUGGCGGAGAAAUUAUGCAAAUUAGGCAAUGGCAUCAUCUAGCAACUUCUAGCGACUUUUACUACAGCCACUAGCAACUUUCCUUACAGACUAGUUGGCAUAACUUGAACAGAUUUCUAGAUCGGUGUUGCCAAGGAAAGGUUGAUACAUCAAGGCUUUGUACUUUAGCUUAGCUUUAACAUUUUUACAAUUACGAGGACAAAAAUUGCGCCAUUCGUCAUUUGGUACACUAAGCUAGAUAUCACUCGUAUUACCUAAAAGUAAACAAUUAUUAACAUUUUCAUGGUUCCAACCUUUUUCCUGUUUGCUUUAGCUCUUAUAUAAAUUCGUAUUUGACUUUUUCUUGACUACCUGAAUCCUACGAUCUGUUUUAGUCGUGAAAAACCAGUAAAUCACAACUUUUCCCCCUUUUUCCUUCAAAAAUAGCAGCAUCACUUCAGAUUAUAUAACCGGUUAUAUUUCAGGUGUUGCGACCAGCAGGUAACACUCCUUUUUUUAUGAUCUUUCCAUUCCUGUAGACUUCCUGCGCUGCGCUUUGGAAUCAAACCCCCACAAUAUUUGUUCUUUUUUAUCUGCAUCUCGCUCCCAGUGCAGAAGUCUGUGUGGGUGUUCGCUGCAAUAGAGAUGAGGACGAGUUAUGGAUGUGUGUGUCCGCAUGUGUGUGUGUGUGUGUGAGUGGGACGGUAAACAGAAAUGGCUUGAGGAGAGUGCACGAGUGUGUGGGAUGACCAGUUUUGUGUUUUGUGUAUGUGUGUGCGCUCUGAUUUAUGCCCUUGGCUUGAUGUGAUACAGCUGCAACAGUGUGUGGGUCAAUACUGAGAGGGAGAGAUGGAGAUAGACAAAGAGGAGAGAAUUAGUGAGUGGAGGAGAGAUGGAGAGAGAUGGAGGCAGAGUGGAAAGUAGCAAAGAGAGACCGAUUCAGAGUUAUAUAAGACAUCCGAGUAGACCGCAACCGGCUCUGAUACCCAGAUUUACUCUCACAUUUACCUUCACGACAGGUACUGCAGAGGGGGCGGCCUGUCUGUUUGAGAACUUUUGUUCACACGAAAGACUGAAAAACACAUUUUCUCACUUUUAAACCACUUGAGAGGCAGUUUUUAGAGAUAUACUCGAGAGAUACUCCAGUGACUCUUGCUAGCCUGAUUCCUCGACUUGAGCGUCAGACUAUUUUAGAGGAAAAGGUCGCAGAGAAGGGGCAACGACAAGCUAAUUAGUAGUCAAGUGAUGUCUGUUUUUAAGUUCAGUCGAUAAGUUUUUCAGUUUUUUCUUAUAAAAUGUAAAAAUUUUAUUGCAUGGACAACUCGAAUUAACAUUUUAUCAAAAUACAUUUAUCAGCGUAGUAUUGUUAGAUAUCACCAUGAAGGAUUUCUGGACUUAACCCUAAAAUGCCUGAAACCACAAAUUAUGACCAGAAAAUUCAAAUUUUUUGGAGCUGAAAUAUUUAUUUCAUUUACUACUGAAAACCAAAAAAAUCAAAAUGUAUAUUUACAUCUUGUUUGAUACAUUAGAUGUUUUUGGAAACUGAUAAACCACAAGAAGACACUUUUAUCAUUUAACGGACUGUAUUACGGUGUUUUUUUUUUGUCAUUUGUUGAUCAUAUUGAUUGAUAGAAGUAGCAGAAGUAUCAUAAAAGUAUCAAAUAUGAUACAAAAGGCAAAAAAGGGUUAAAAUGCAGAACCCAAAAAAGCAAAAGCAAGUCAUAUUCUAAAGCAUUAUGUCAUGCACAUUAUAAUGUUGGGUACUUGCUAAUUUUAGCUAGUAGAGGGGUUUUUAACUAAUUGAACCAUUAGCCUAGGUAGUCUAAUUUAUUUCGGUUUAUUGAUAACAUUGUUUCCCCUAAACAUUAAUAUUAAUGUCUGUGUGUGUCUCAGCUGUUACCCCCACUUCUUGCCGCUCAAGUAGCUACGCUGUUACGUUCAUUGAUGACUCAAAACGGGGGGCAACCGCCAUUCCGACAUCCCGCCAUUCCGACAUUGGUCUCUAAUUGUCGGAGUGGCGGUAUGUUACCAUGCUAUCAAACGUCCCGUCAUUCCGACAGCUCUCGUCUGCUAUGCACGGAGUGGCAGUAUCCCGCCAUCCCACUGUGGAGCCGGUGCUUAAGGGCACUGCCGGUGACGCAAACACAGAGACAUGUGGGUGUACUGAUCCCAACGUCAAUGUAAAUUAAACCUCUAAUAUAUUACAACGUGCCGUAUAUUUUCGUCAAGAUUGCUUUGAUUGCAGCAGACUUCCUCCAUUUUUGUGAAACACCACCGCUGUAUGAAUUUGAGGUCAAGAGUGUAUGCAAUGGUCAGGUUACGACAAGAGCGCUCUAAUUGGCGAUCUACUGAAGACAGCCUGAUGUGUUCAUAUACUGAGUAUUUUACAUUCAAAAACCUCAGCAUACAGUCUCUGUGAAGUUGUUUGAGCUUUGUGUUAACAUGUUUUUGUCCAUGAUGGAUAUUUGUCCAGUUGGAGUUCACCUCAUCUAAACCAGCAUGACCCCUCAAAUAAUGAACCCCUCCAGUAUCCGUCUCCCAGCCUGCAUGUUAUAGGUAAUCCAUAGUAAAGCAGCUAAUGUAACAUGAUCUACAAUGAACACAGCGUAUAUUAUUGAUUAGCUAUAAUGAAAUUACUGUAUACAGGCUGUUAAUCAUACACACAUGAGUGCGUUCAGCCUGGAUCUAAACUCAGUCAGUCUGUCUGUGUUUGUUAACUGGAGUCUCUAAACUCAGUUUCUAUUGAUUUGACCUCGUGUUCCCUUGAGUCAUCAAAGCGCCCGGCGAGGACACCAUUAACCGACAAACAGAAGAGGAAGUCUCCAGAAAAAGACACUUCACAUUCACAGAAAGAACAAGGAGGAAGUCCUUAAAGAGUUUUUUUGACUAAAAGUGCAUUUUUUAAAAGAGUUUAAAGUCUCUUUAAACUACAGAAAAACAAAUAUUUACUUUGAAACUGCAUUAUCUUUUUUUGGAGAAGGGACUUAAAUUCAUAUUGUUUAGAAAAGAAUGUAGUUACUCAUUUAAUAUCGAUUAUUUUAACUUUAACUUUUCCGAAUAGCUGUAGAAUAAAAUGAAAUAUAAGGCUGUAUUAGUGACUCUAAUGGGAUUAAAACAUGUUUAAAAUGAAUUUGAACAUUUUUUAACAAAUUUUUUAACAAUUAAAAGGUUAUUUAAAAAAAAAACGUCCUUAACUCAAACCGCACUUUUAAGCAUUUUUCAUUGGACCCCUAACCAAAUAUACCGAAAUUUCUUUAAAAAGUUAUCACAUUUUUCUGAAUGUGUGCGUUUUUAUUUUAAUUUUUAAAGAAAAUAACAGAUUCGGAUUGAACACUUUUGAAUAAACAAAAUUUGCUUUCAGUCUUCAACUGAUUCCAAGAGUUUAGAUUGAUGACUUUUGACGUGUAAGAUGGAAAAAAUAUUUCAAAAAUACAAAUACAAACCCACUCAAGAGGAAACACUUUUUGUUGUUUCACACUUCUCAAACAUCUUUUAACCGGUAUCUUUAAGUCCACAUGAGUAAAUCGGUACGUUUUAGGUCUGUUUUUGUUUUUUUGUCUUCUUUCUUUCGUGGCUGCAGAAGUCAAAACUCCCAUUCCCUCUGCGAACCGCCAUUAAGUAAAUGUGCGUUUGUGUUUGUGAGACAAAGUUGAUGAGUCAUCCUCAACGGCUGAGUCUGACAUAGUGACACUCGCUUUGGAAAUGUGCUAAUGACGAGGAGACGACAAUUCCUUCAGCGUGCGUGUUUGCGCGUUUGUAUGUGUUGUCAUUAAUGAGCUAAUUUGCGCUCUCAGGCGGCGGGUGAGUGUGUAUGUGUUGUCGCUAAUGAGCUAACACGUCACAGUUUUAACGUGUGUCUGUGCAUGUGUGUUUGCGUGCAAAGAUGCUCAUUUGCCGAUCAAUUAGUGGAUGUCGUCUGUGUGUGUCUCUGUUUAAUGGAGACUGACAACAGAAAAGACGAGCUGAGAUCUUUUCUGAUGAGCUUCGGCAGGGUUUGAAAUGAACUCUUUGACUCCCUCAGGCAGGUAGAUAAAGAAAAAGUCACAAGUCAGCCAUAUUGAUUCCUCGCCAGAUAACAAAUAAGGUUUUUGCAUAAGUUGCUGUUUAUUAUCAGCCUGGAAACAAAAAGAAGCUGCACCAGGUCAGCUAAUGUUUGAGUAAAUAGUCGUAUUUGUGUGUUUUUGGACCCUGUACCUUCAUCGCUCCGACAUGCAGACGGCAUUGUUAGUUGUUCAAUUACACGACUACUUUGGUGCAAAUUCUGACCAUCUAUGUGGUGCAUCACCCUCAGAAAAAUACUGUAGGGUAUUUAUUUUAUUCACUUAGGAGAAUCUGCUAGCAUUUGGUGCCCAGUGGUUAUUUUUUAUUUUUAUUUUUAUUUUUUUUGUGAUAAAAUAUUUUCUUUUUAUUGCAAAUUAGGGUAGAAUACAAUCAGUUUCAAUGUUUUUUUUCCUUUUGUUUAAUAAAAUAAAAAAUAAAAAUAAGGAAAAUGAAGAAAAUAAUAAUAAUAAUUAUUGAAAAAUAAAUAAAUAAAAAUUAAGAAAUUCCCCCCAUCCCUGGUCAAACAAGAAUAGAAUAGACAAUACAAUAUGAUAUAAAAAGAAAAUUGGUGGAAAAGAAAAAUAAUUGGUAAGAAAGAAAAAUAAGGAAAAAAAGAAGAACAAAAAAAUAAAUAAAAAAAAAAAAAAAAACCCCAUCCCCGGUCCAACAGUAAUAGAACAUACAAUACAGUAUGAUAUAAAAAGAAAAUUCGUGAUGCACCAGAAUAAACCGAUCACACCUGUCGCACCUGUUCGUCUCACCGCGCCGCAGUGACCGAUCCGCACGGAGGAGUCGAUAAAUAUGAUCGAACUAAUUACUGUAAUGGCAGGAAACAUAUUAAUGGAAGAGAAGUGAAUCGAGCUGUGGUGGAAAAAACUGAACACACAACCUGCUCCUGUCUUUGUCACACACACACACACACACACACACACACACACACCGCGGUCCUUACAUCUAGUGUCAUUAACAGAUGUGCUUUCACGCUGCUGACUCAGACUGUAACUCUUCAUGCAGCGCCUUUAGUCAGGUGGUGUGACAGCUCUAUGGACACACACUAACACACACACUAGCGCACACACACACACACAUUUUAUACUUACACAUAAAGAGACACAAAUACAAGCAGGUCAAAAGUAAGACGCUGCAGUCAGGAAGAAUAAACUGGACGAUGACAUGUUUUAUUUCUCAGGACGGCAGUAAAGCAGAAACAGCAAGAUUGUGAAUGUUUUAACGUGUGUGUGUGUGUGUUUGUGUGGGUGUGUGUGUGUGUGUGUGAUUGUGUCGCGGUAACUGUAUCUUGCUUCCUGUUAAAGACGGUUUCGAGAGGAAAGCUGACAAAAACCAAGAGUGAGUCUAUUUUUGGCCGCAGAGAGAGACAGAAAGAUGAAGACGAUAGCGAGGUUUCAAAAAAAAAAGAGGAAGAAGUGCACAGAGGCGUGAAAAACAAAACAAUGAAAUUAAAUAUCAAAAAGGAAACAGGUUGAUGAGAAACAGUGAGUCGAGAAAAGUGGGUGAGAAAACGGACGCAGAGAAGAGAGUUAGAGGAACAAAUCGGAGUGACCCGAGGUUCACGAGCUCCUGAGAUAUAAAGAGGCGCUCUCAUCUGACGCUUCACUUCCUUAAAGUUCAAACUUUUUCAUCUUCUUCUCAAAUCUUCUCCUUCUGUAUUUCUUUUCUUACUGUUUGAUGGUUCGUCUUUGUAGAACUCUGCAACUCGAACUCCAAACGCAUUUUUAGCGUUUGAAAGUCAGACUCUACGUUAGUGCGCACAUGACACAUGACUCAUUUUUAUGCUUUAUAGGAGCGUUGUAAAAGUACAGAAAAUUUUAGGGUUUUUUUGUCUCAUUUUGUUUUGGUUUCAUUUACAGUUCUAAAGUCCAGCUCCUCCUUUUGUGUUUCAACGUCUCUAUGAUCCAUGUGGUUGUCAAAAUGUUUAAAAACUGUAAAAAUCUGAGAAGGAUUAUAAUUUAAAAGCAGAAAACAGACUCAAAGAUUCAUAAAUAAAAAGUUUUGUUAGGAAAAUGUAUAAUUGUUUCAAAGUGCACCAUAACUGCAUUAUCUGGAAUAAAUUUGUGAUUUUUUCAGAUUUUAAGAUCUAACAUCAGCCCUUUAAUUCAAGAGGAUGUAAAAACCAUCAACCCUUUACUAUAAUUUUCCGUGUAUUUGUGUUAAAGUGGAAACUGUUCGCAAAAUAUUCGGCCAACAAAUCGCAGUUAAUUGUGAGUUUUUGAGUUCAAGUUAGGAAGAGGUACAUUUUCAGAAAAUUUAGGUACAGUUUAAAACUUUGAGCAAACUUGUUUUCAGGUAUUAGGAGACAUGGACUACGAAUUAGCCAUGUCUAGAAAUAUAUAUCGCACUUACAUAAAUCAAACAUCACAGCAAAUUUUGCAUUCGGUACAUCUCUACUUAAACUUCUCGACUCUAAAAAAGUCGCUUUAAUGACAGAAACCACAAAAACCAAAUGAAUGACACACUUUUUAAUCGGCCCUUUCAGUUUCUUUAAAUAAACUCCAUUAAAGUUAAUUGUUUGUUUUUCAGUUGUUUGUAAAAGGUCAAUUUUAGGAAAAUUUAGGUACGGUUUAAUACUCUUAGCGAUCUUGUUUUUCAGGAAUUAGGAGCCUUUUUUUGUAAAAGCCUAACUAAGGACAUGGACCACAAAUUAGACAUGUAUAGAAAUAUUUAUACGCUGCAUCAGUCGCACUUAAAUCAAAUUUUGCAUUAGGUACAUCUCUACUUCAACUUCUCGACUCUAAAAAAGUGGCUUUAAUGACAGAAACCACAAAAACCAGAUAAAUGACACACUUUUUGAUCGGCCCCUUCGGUGUCUUUAAAUAAACUCCAGCAAAGAUUUUAAAGCAGCUGCUGUUUGUGUGGCGUGCCAAAGCAUGCAAAUCUCCUCACUAUCUAACCUGAACCGUGACCACGCUCUGCGCCGACCUCACCCCGCCCUGACCUUUACGCACCUGCUAAACUACACGAUAAAAAAGCCCGUACGGCUUUGAUUGGUUGGUUUGUUGAAAGUCUGAGAUCGAACCCGAGUACUACAGCGUCGGCAAAGUGAGUAUUCUGGAAGGAUGUGGCUUCCCCUCCUAAAAUUAACACCCUCUUAUUUUUACACCGAGCUUCGUCACAAUGAAACCGAGAGAGAUUCAGAGCGACAGAAAUAACCGUUCACUGACAAUAGAUUGACAAACAGAGGGGAGGAAAGAGCUUAACUACAAACGAGUUUCCCCCGCUGCUCGUUCAGUUAUAGAUUUCUCAGGGUGACUUUAUUGAACACCGUAAAAUAGCAGGAGACGAUCACCCCCCUACUUCGUCUUUGUCUCCUCUCUCCCUCUCUGAAUGCCGUCUUCUUUUGGUUUCACACAUUGCUGUUUCGCUCAGCGUCUCGUCACUGAAUGACUCCUCUCUGCAAAGGCCUAAUUAGAUUAGAUCGGAUCUUUUUGUUAUGACUUUGAAGAAGCGUGUACCGUAAAUGAAAGCAAUUAAGAGCCGACUGUACGCACGCAUGCAGAAUAUCUGAUCCGUGACCUUCAGCAUUCCUACUCGACGAAUCGUGAACACUCGUGUUUGCGGUGUUUUGAAAUGUGUAAAUGUACCGUAAAAUUCGGCGUAUGAGAUACAGCGUCAACACUAAUUAGGAUUUCCUUCCCUCGUUAUGUUUGGAUCAUGCGUUUAAAGAAAACCAUGGCGUGCUGUUAGGUAAAUAAUCCUUUUGGAGAGAACAUCACCUGAGUCAGAACAAACCGAACAAGCUCCAAGUGUGAAAGCAACGCCGGAUCCUUUAGGAUGUUCUCUGCAUUAAAGGUAGGGUAGGCAGGAUUCCGUUAAAGAAGCGUCUUUUUUUGUGGUGUGUAUACAAAAAAAAACUUUUAAUAUCAGUCAAUAGUUAUAAGUUGUUUAUGACAUUUGUGAAUAUCACGAUAUCGCUGUGUUUUUCUGAUUGGAAACAAAACUGUUCUCCGCCUCCCCCAACCUGAUCUGUUGUGGGGUAGACGCUGCUCCCCUAUGUUGUGAGGCAUGGUUCACGUCCUCCAAUAACGUUCACGAGCGCAAACAAAGUUGGCGUGCGGCAACAUCGGACAGUAGAAACCAACCAGAAAGUUCAGAAAAUUGUCUGAAUCCUCUUUUGGCCACGACUGCCGACACAAGCAAGAAAACAAAGUAAAUACUGGAGACUCUGGCGGAAUAACGGGCGCUUAAAACGGAGGUAGACCGGACAAGAGCUAAAAAGCCGGGUCAACAUAAACAAAGCAUUUGGGGGACGCUUCGAGAUCAUGGUGACCCUGUAACCUUUCUGCUGGACAGGUAAACCGCUUUAACAAAGUAAGACAAGUGUCUGUAACAGAAGUGUUUCUUGUCAAGCAGGACCUUGUCAAACCGUUGACCUCGGGUCCUGGACUAUGUCACUUUAUCCUAGUUGUAGAAGUCGUGCAAACAUUGUGUUUGCUGGUAGUCUGUUGGCAUCUACAGUAGCACCAAUGCUUUUGACUUUCACCUUGACUGGGCCCUCUGAGGCACUUCCUCAAAUCCUGACUACUCCACCUUUAAUUUUUUUUGCGUCCUGGUUUCUUGUUGGGGUUUGACCUUCACUUGAUUAAAGCAAAUCCACGUGAUCGUAGAUAGGAUGCCCUUAUCGUGAUAAAGACUCUGUCGCGUUCACUCUAUUUGCUGAUGACUCCCUGUUGUCUUAUUGGAGCGUCCUUUUAACCCCAGACAGUAAAGCUGUUCAGCGUUUCAAUUUGGCGUCGUUGGGCCACAAAAGCUUCACAGGCUUGGAACAAUGCUUCCUCCCCCUCGGCUGAGGCCAAGGACAGAACCGGCUCGUAAAAAAAAAGGGACAGGACGAUUUAUAAUCAUAUUAGAGGGGGGCGGCUCACCCUGCCCAAAGUCACCCGAAUGCCAACUGCAUCUCCAUCUCUUCCUCACUCCCUGACUCGGCCCUUUGUCUCUUGCUGCCUCUGCGUCUACCGCUCGCUCUUUGCCGAGUCAUCAGGCUUAAAGCUGAGCCAGACGCUGAAUCAUAUUAGAGGUAUUGGCAAGUAAUCAGGAGACAACAAAUACCCCUUUUCUCUUUUUAGUUCGCUUCUCAAUCUGGGUAAUGAAGCCACCCACAAAUUAACCUCGUAUUCAAACACACACACACCAAAAAUACGCUCAAUUUCCCCUAAAUAAACACGAACUUUAACUCAAAUAUGCACUGUAACUCUUGAAAUAAACACACAGAGACAGAGGGUUUUACCAGGAAAUAGACCGAUGCUUGCGAGAAAAGAAAGCCACAUCCUUUGUAACACAAAACAGGGCCGAGGACCGCUUUUUAAAUAACAUGAAGAUCGAAUAUCACUGUAAACAACGAGAAAAGAAGAAGAAGAAGGAGGAGGGGGAAAAUAGAUGAGAGGCUGCAGAGAGAGAGGAGUCAGGGGGAGGUUUGUUUGGGGUAAAAGAGGGCGGUGUACGACCUGUGUGUUCCCCUCUGUACAUUCAAGAAAUAAGGGUGCAACACUUCCUCAAUACACACACCCUCUAUGAAAAGGACCAGAGUAAAUCUUGCCUGACUGUGUUCACCGUGGGCCAUUGCGUCUGUGUUUGUAUGAGCAUGCAAAUUGUGUGUAAAUGUAGAAGCCAACACAAUUAAUGCCUCACACAUGUCGUAUAUAAUGCCGCAAUAGUUUACAGUAGCCGUUGUUUAUUACUUGCUAUGGUGAUGUCAGUUCGUUUACACGCUGUUUUCAAAAAUGGAUUGAUUGCUUUAGUCUGAAUAGGAUUGGCUUUAAAAAUACAUGUAAAAAAUUUACAAACAUCUUAAAUUAUAUUGUGUAAUAUUGUUUAUUAUUGUAUAUUUUCAUAUCAAAGCUUAUCGUAUUGCAUUGUAUCGUGUUGAAUCGCAGCGUAUCAUAUCGCAUUGUAUUGUAUCGUAUUGCACCGUAUCCUAUUGCAUUGUAUCAUAUAUCUUAUGGUAUCGCAUCCAAUCGCAUCUGAUCGUAUCCUGUGAUACUGCAUCAUAUUGCAUCGCAUUGUAUCACAUCAAAUGGAAUUCUAUCGUACUGUACUCCAUUGUAUCACAUCGUAUUGCAUCGUAUCCUAUGACACUGUAUCGCAUCCUAUUAGAUCCUAUUGCAUAGCAUCUUAGCGUAUCAUAUCUACCGUAUCCUAUAGUAUUGUGUUGUAUCCUAUUGCUCCACAUCUUGUCAUAUUGCGUUGUAUCAUGUCACACCGUAUCAUAUCAUAUCGUAUUGCACCGCAUCGCACCACAUUGUUCCAUAUUGCGUUGUAGCAUAUUACAUCAUAUCAUAUAUCAUAUCAUAUCAUAUUGUAUCAUAUUGCAUUCUAUUGUAUCGCACCACAUUGCAUUAUAUUAUGUUGUAUCAUAUUGCACUGUAUCAUAUCAUAUCCUAUCAUACUGUAUUGCACUACAUCAUAUCAUAUUGCGUGUUAUCAUAUCGCACUGUAUCAUGUUAUAUUGUAUCAUAUCAUAUCGAUUCUAUCAUAUCGCACCGCAUCAUAUUAUAUUGCGUUGUAUCAUAUUGCGUUGUAUCAUAUCACACUGUACAUUAUCUUAUUGUAUGUAUCGCACCAUAUUGCACCACAUCGAAUCAUAUUGUGUUCUAUCAUCUCGCCCCGUAUCAUAUCAUACCGUAUUGUAUUGCAGCUAGUUGCACCACAUCAUAUCAUAUUGCAUUCUAUCAUAUCGCACCGUAUCCUAUCACACUGUAUAGUAUCGUAUUGCAUCACACCAUAUCGUAUUGUUUCGUAUUGCAUUGUAUCAGAUUCUUCGUAUCGCAUCUUAGCGAAUCCUAUCGUACCGUGUCCUAUUGUGUUGGACUGCAUUGUAUCGCACCACACUGUAUCAUAUUGUGUUCUAUCAUAUCACACUGUAUCAUAUCAUAUUUUAACGUAUUGCAUUGUAUCGCACCACAUCGUAUCAUAUUGCAUUCUAUCACAUCGCACCGUAUCAUAUCAUAUUGUUUCGUUUUGCACCACAUUGUAUCAUAUUGCGUUUUAUCAUAUCGCACCGUAUCGUUAUAUCGUGUCGUGGAUUACCUCCUGGUUUCCACCCCUGUUCUCCAACAGUAGAAGAAACAGCGUGAUUGUUAUUACAUGACGAUAAUCACCUGUUACGUAACGAUCAUUUGUGCCAAAGAAUGACUGAAGUCGGAGAAUCAAGUAUUCAGUUUUUUUGUAAGUGGUUCCCUGUGUUUACAAAGUGUCUGCAGACGUACACACGAUAAGAUCACAGUCAAAUUUCCCACGUUCGCUCGCAUGUGUGCAGCAGUGUGUUAUUUUUUGCUCUGGUGCAGGAUUCCCUCCAGUGUGACGGAGACGCACAGAUGGAGCGCCGAGACUCCUCUGCUGCUGUAAAAAGACGCACACACAUGUUUCUGCACCACCACUAACCACUCAGUGAACUCCUUUGUAGAAAGUCUAUUUUUGUCGCGGCACGUCUAUGUUUGAGAAACUGAGCUUAUUCUGGAAACAGGCUGUUACUGUAUAUGGUAAUUCCCCAACCAGCUCCUCUCUGUGUUUAUGCAUCAAGCUCCCUUUCUUUCUCCUUCUCUCUUUUCAUCUUUUUUUCUCUCUUUCUGAGCCUCUUCUGUCUUCUCGCCCUCGUGUUAUUUGCUCUUUUUCAUCUGCACUUCUUGCUUGCUCUUUUUCUCACACUUUCCUUUCAUUCUAGCUCCUUUCUACUUCUGCCUUUCUUCCUUCCUCCAUCUCUAUCGGCCUCUGCAGAAGUCUGGCGGCGUGAGUGUACAGGCCUGCUGUGUGGCAAUCUGUUGCCUGUCAGAUUAACACUCACUUGCUUUCCCGUGAAUUGGUACAGACACUUUAAGUAAUACUUUGGCACAAACAAACAUGCAUGCAACACCCACCUGUUAUGCAAGCGACAGAGAGGAAGAGGUCGAGUUGUUACCACACCGCAAACUUCAGCACACCUCUAUCUCCAGCUGCCCGCUACUCGUCUUUCUCUUCAGUCAUCAAGGUCAAACCAGUCUCAUCCUGUCGAGAGUUUUGUUUGUUAUGGUGACGAUCAUCUCCAGUAUAUAGAAAUAAUAAGGCUGAUACACCAAAGUCAGUUGGUUGAACGAUUAAUCAAUUAAUUCUUGUUCUGUCUGAGUCACUAACACACAGUCCUGUCUAGGGUUGGGUAUCAAUUGAUUUUGAACGAUUCUGAAUCCGAUUCCUUGUUUCGAUUCCGGCUCUAAAUGAUUCUCUAUUCUCUUACCAACUUUUUAAGAACUUUACUAUGAAUUUCUCUCAGGGCUAUUUUCAACCACUGUAUCAAUUUUGGUUGUCAGGUUGUUCGUCUAUGAAAAAGUACGAGGGCUAACGUUAGUUGGAUAUUUAACAGGGCCCAACCGAUUUAUCGUCGAGCCGAUUAAACCAGCUAAUUUUAGCCUGUUUGAGACUAAUCGGUAAUCGUCCAUAACUCGCCGAUUUUCGCCAACAUUUUCAGAAAUAAAAUGUGGAGAAUAAGAUUCGGUUUAACUUCAAAAAUGUUCCGCCAUUUGAAAAGUUCCCCGACAUAUCCUGUAGAUGGCCAAACUUUUGACCGCCGCCGCUGUGGGUUGCAAUGCACUCUCUCUCUCUGUGUGGCUUCGUCUUAUACGCUUCGUCCUUCUUGGUGUUUUUCAGCAACUUCUUCUUCGUUGGUGUUUAGCGGCGUCUUCCUCAUUGGUGUUCGGCAGCUAUCGAAACUUGGAAUCAAUAUUUUAAAAUUUGAACGAUUCUGCGAGACUUGGAAUGUUAGUCCCAGGUCCCCAUCGAUACUCGAGACUCGAUGCCCAGCCCUAGUCUGGUCUAGGAGUCCCUAAGCUCCAUCAUGCCGUAGCCUCCUCUGGAUCGCUGCUGUGGAUGUUUUGCUCCCCUCUCUCAACCGAGCUGACGGUCUAACAUCAGUCUGGUUCUGCUCGAGGUCUCUGCCUGUUAAAAAAAAAGUUCUUCUUCUCAACUGUAACUUUCUAGUUCUGCAAAGUAGGGCUGGGACGAUACGCUUUACUCCCGAUUCGAUUCUAAUACGAUUUUUUUAUGCUAAUUGGAUUCAAAUUGCGAUUCUACGAUAUUGUCGAUUUUCUUGAUUUUUCAGUCUUCAUUUUUAACACCAAUGAAACAGUUGAAUUAUUAUGAUUGUCUACUGACGAUUCCAGGAACCAUAUUUCCCAAAAAAAUACACGUCAGUCAGUUUUUAAGAUUUAUUCUAAAAAACUGAAAAAAAUAAAUAAAUAAAAUUUUGAUUUAAAAAUUGUGAAACCAAAAAUUUGCGAAUCAAAUUUUUUCUCCUACCCCUACUGGGAAGUGUUUCACUCACGUGGUUUAAGAUGGAAUGGUAGUUUGUCUGAUUGUACGAGAUGAGACUUAAUCUGAUUCCAUCUUUAUAUCCGGAUGUUAAAACUAGAGUUUGGUCUAGACCAGAUUUUUUUAGCGUCUUUGUUGUGAUUUGAUUGACCUUUUUAACUCAUCUAAACACGCUGUAAUUCUGGCUCUGCAUCUGACAGUUUCAUAGCUGAUCCACUUCAACAUUUCAGCUCCAGAGAUAUUCAGAGAGUCAGAGAAUGAAAGAGAGGAAACAAAAGAGAAAACCGAAAUGAAAUAUUUAUGUUUACAGUCUUCUGCACAAACACUUAGAUUUGGAAAGGCUUUUUUCUCACAGUCAGUUCUCCAAACGAUGACCACAGACGAUGCUGAUUUCAUACUUUUUGAAAGCACUCCAAAACCAGAAGAACUCCAGUUGCGACCACAGGAAUCCAGACGCGUACAGUUCAGACGUGCACUUAUACACAUAUCAUAAAAUCAGGCAUGCACGCACACAAGGGCGCGUCUCUAUUUUUAGAGCCUCCUCUAGGAUAUGGAGUCUAAAUUUAGAGGGUCAUUUUGUUAAACAAAUACAGCAGGAGUGUGUUGGACGACUGUCAAAACACGCUGGCCAUGUGUUUCCGUCAGAGUGUGUGUUUAUGUGUGUGGAUUUAUCUUCUUCAUGUCUGCGCAGAGUGGGGUUAUUUGAACUCAAAUGUUUUUUUUUCACUUUUAUAAAAACCCCACAAGAGAGAAAUGGAGGGAGAGAGAGAAAAUGUAGCGCUGCAAGGUAAUCGAGAGAAGGAGCGUGACAGUGAAAAUAAAAAAUACGAGUGGACAGGGAGAUGGAGAGGUGUGGGAGGGAGAGAGUUCAGAAACAUUAGCAUGAGAGAUGGGAAAGAAACCCUCUUAAAACCACCCAGAGGGUACACACACAUGCUUCUGCAUAAACACGCAUGUAUUCAGCAACAGCGGCAACUCGUCUUGUGCAAAUCCCCUCGGUGCAACCGGUCCCCUCGGCGUAUUCCAUCACAGUGACGGUAAUUGCAUCACUUUCAGUCCUGCUUAUCAACUCGGUUAAAGUUCAUUGAUUCAUAAUUGCUCUAUUUGGAUGGCAUUUAUGAUGAAGCAAUGUGUAGAGGAGGAGAAACUUGUGCACAGAAGUGAGAUUGCUUCUGCUAUUUACAAAUAUCUGUAUAGAAUAGGGCUGGGCGAUAAAUCAAAAAUUUACCGAUACCGAAAUUUACAGCAAUAACCAACGCAAUUUUGCCCAUAUUGGUAUAUUUGGUGGACUCCACCCCAUCCAGUCCAUAACAAAGAGGUAAAGACAGGUGAGGAGAUGGAGGACGGUUCAAAAGUUGAAGCGGUUGGCGUGGAGGAAGUUUGUGUGGGAGGGGGUGAGCAGCUUGUGGAGUAGUUAUCGUCCAUUUAUCGUUAUCGAGGUGAACUGAUCAAUAUAUUGUGAUAUUGAUAAGAGGCCAUAUUGCCCAGCACUAGUAUAGAAUAUGAUUUCCUUCUGUAGUUACAUUUAUCGGCAUUUCCGACAUUUGAACAUGGCCAUGCUCUUAAGGAAGUUACCCACUUGCUCUAACUUUUGGUAAAAGUUGGUAGUUGCCAUUUUGAAAACAAAUCAUGGCAAACAAAUCGUGGCAUUUAUGACGGGCAAAACCCACAAGGUCCGGAACGACUACGCUCCGCUCCGGCACAACCGGUGGAUCAAAUCCACAAGCAUUAUAAUCGGGGGGCAACCGCCAAUCUGACAUCCCGCCAUUCCGACAUUGGUCUCUAAUUGUCGGAGUGGCGGUAUGUUACCAUGCUAUCAAACGUCCCGUCAUGGGGCGCACCCAGCUGUGCUUGGAUUAAAUGACAGACUCCGGAUGUGACUGCGCACCCCCCUUCCCCCUUAUAUGGAAAGCUGCGUCGGAAUGGUGAGACGUCAGAGUGGCGGGAUGUCGGAAUGCUGAGAUGUCGGAGUGGUAGCAUGUAACAAUUAUAAUAUAUGGCUGAGAGUUAUCUCUAGAUUUUGUCUGCGUUGACAGAAAGUUGGGUUGGGUCCUUACACUUCAUCAAGAGGACUGUCCCCAGAUCUUUAAAUUUGUUUACGUCAACACCUACUGACAAAACUGAGAUUGCUGAUAGCACCUUUAAUCCUCUCGGUCAAGCCUUUUAGAAGAGUGGAGAAAUUACUGCAGCAAAAAAGCAAAUUAUUACGGUCUAGACACCUGGAGGUCUGCAGCAUCCAUCUCAAUAAAAAAAAAACUGCCGAUAACAGAGACAGAAGAGAAGGGCGGGAAGCAGGGUCACCUCUACUCAUUUUACCUCCCUGUUUAUUUGACAGCCUGCCAUCUUUAAAGCCUGACACAAAGUAAGAGUACAACUUCCUCUGGGACGUUUGUUAUAACUUUUUACAGGAAGGUGCAUCUUGAUAAUUGGAUAAAAUGCAUAAGGUAUUAAGAAAGAUGUAAAAAAAAGAUCAUAUUGAGCAUUGAAAAAUAAAGAGAAGGAAAACAUUGAAAGAGUGUUGAAGGAACAGCAACAGAAGGGUUGGGCCGCAUGGAUGCAAAGAUGAAUCAAAACCUGACCGGAGGCCUGUGGGCGUAAGCAAGUGGAAAGAGGGUUAAAAGAGAUGGGAGAAGAGAGGUGGAGGAUGAAGGGGAAAAAAUACCAGUGGAGAAAGAGUAGGAGGUAAUGAUCUGAGUCGUAAACAGACAGCCUGGAUAGAGGAGGAACAGGCGAAGGGAUGAGAUGGGAGAGUGUUAUUGAUCUGAGGCGAAGAAUGGGAGUUAAUGACCGCAGGAGAGAAGAGACCGGAAGGAAAAGAAAAACAAAAGACUUGAUUCAGAAAAAAACGAGCUCUGAUAGAAACAUCCUAAAACAUAUCUUUAUUGUUAGAUUCCAAAUUUCACUUAUCCUACAAUUAUCAAACUUUUCAGAGUCAAACUUUUUUAGAAAAUCUCAAAUAAUCAAACAAGUGACCACAAUGACUUAAACUACAAAUUGCAAUUAGUUAUAACAACCAAAAAAAAAAAAAGUAAUUUUCUUAACAACAAUAACAAUUAUCAUGGGGCUUCAUUAGUGUUGUCACAAUACAAAAAUUUCAAACUCAAUACUGAUACCACAGGGAUAAAAAAUGACAAAUAUUUUAAAAGGCAUGAAAAAUAUUUUUAUCAACAUGAAAAACAGAACAGCAGAUAAAUAAUCAAUUAAAAUAUAUAGAAUACAAUAUUCCUUUAUUGAUCCCCCAUGGGGGAAAUUUUUUUGGAGGGGGAAUUUUUUUAAUUUUAAAUUUUUUUUAUUUGUUUAUUUAUUUAUUUUUCAUGGGGGAAUUUUUUUAUAUGAUAAUAUAAAUGAAUAUAUAAUAUAAUCUGAUAAUAUAUAUUAAAUUAUCAGAAAAUGAAAAAUAUAAAAACAAAAUUUAAAAAAUACUUUUCAAAAUAUCGAUACUUUUGACAACUGUAGUAGUUCUUAAGAGUUCACAUAACCGUAUUUACUUGUUUGUUGUUUGUACUUUUAAUAUUUUCCAUUUAAUAUCAAUCAACAGUGUCUGAAUUUCUGUAGAAUUGCAUUUUGAAUAUUUAGUUGCCACACCAUAAUGCAUACUUUACAAAUAAAGCAGUUGAGGAAAGGAAAAAUUGAUACAGCUAAAAAUUUAACUGAGAAUGUUGUCAUUAAAAAAAUGAAAUCAGUUUUUUCAUAUGUUUACUGAUUUUGAUGUUUUUCAAAAAUUCUUUUAAAGUCCUUUAAAUCAUUUCAGUCUUUUUAAUCUGUGAGAGACUGAAAAGAAAGAAUUAGUAACGAUUGAAGUAAAGCAAAUCUCAUUUUAAAAACACAUUCUAAGAAGUAAGUAAUUCAAAAAUACACAGACGUCGACAGCUCUUGAAUAGUUUCUUAAACAACGGUAUCUCAAGCUUAAAUCUGCUUGUUCUCUACACUGGCUUUGCUUCUCAGAACUCGUGGCUACAUCCUCAUUUUUAAAACAGUCCGCUUUACGAGUUUUUCCAAUAAUAUCGACUGUUUUGUAGAAAUGCAUCGUAUUCACACAUGUGUAAGUUAUCUGAUCAUGCCGCUCAUGCAACAUUCAGCCGUUUCCAUGAAAUUUGAGCAAGAAGAAUUGAGAAAUAGUAUCAAACUAUGACCGUGUAAAUCGAGCUUCUCUGGAACAGUGACGCUGCUGAAGGCUACGGUCUGUUGACCCAGUAAAUCGACACUUUGCUGAACUAAAGCCUCGUAUUGUCACCGGCUGUUUACACACAGAAGCAACACGAUGGUACUCGUAUUAGUUUACACCAGCUAUGAUUCAUGGAAAGUUUUCAGGCGAGUUCACUCCUACUUUUCGAUGACUUAAAUCAGGAACGUGUCUGUUUUUAGGACUUUCUAAAGAACUUCUAAGUCUCAGAAGAAAACUCUUCUUAACUUCGUGAUUGGGUUAUUUUAAUUUUUGGAUAUGUAUGAGUUUUAUACAAUAGAAGUGUUCAUUCAAAUAUGGAUGUACCUGUGCAUUUGUACAGUCAUUUCCCUUAUCUUGAAUUUUCCAGUUGAAUAUGAAUGAUGAUGAUGAAGUAAGCUGAACUAGUUACUUCCUGUUCUCAACUGUUUUUUGGUGAAGUAAAAGUUUAUGAGGUAGUGAUUCAGGUUCAACAGGUUAACUCGCAAUGAUCAUUAAAGUCCUAAUUGCCACUACCCAUCCCAAAUGAAGACUGAUAAUGUCUCCCCUGAAAUUAAUUUUCACGGGGUUAGGAAUUCAGUUGUAAAAGUGGCCUCCCUUUAAAACCCGGGCAGCAGGGACCCUAAAAUCAUUUUGCACUGUCAAGAGAAAUCGCUCAUGUAACUUGACUUGAUUCAGAGAGACUUGACCUCGGUCUGCAGUCAAAGGGAACAAGUCCACAGGCCCCGAGCUCUUUUAUCACACUUAGUAGCGCUGAGGAAAUGGAGCUGCACGCUCGCUCCGGCCUGAAGCUUUCCUCUUUUCUGCUCUGAGCUGUUAGUCCUCACAGCUUGUGUUUAUAUUGUUGACCCAUCUAACAGUUCGCAGCUUCGGGGACUUUGUAUUUAGACCAUGUGGUGGUAGUAGUCUACAUAUUUUUGUGUCCAAAAUAAACAUAGUUGGAGGUUUUGUAGAGAGCGACCGCUGCAACAUCUGAGAUGGCUGUUUUAAAUUCUGGGUUAGAGUCAUUUCUUGACAUUUUGUAAUUAAAUGCCAGUUUCAAGUGUGCUCAUUAUGUUAGCAAUAAUGCUGAAUCCAAAAUGUCUUGAAAGCAGGGUCCAGGGUAGAAAUGUCACUUUUAUUUUUACAGAAAUUUUAACUUUUUUGGUUUUUCAUAACACAUAGGGUACUCUUUCUGCAGUUAUUUUAUUUGUAAAUUGUCCUCAACAGAAAAUGCAUCCAUGUAAAUAAGGUCCCAAAAAACAUCCAAACAGGUGCAGUACAUGGUUCCCAUAAAGACAUAUAAACAAACCCGUACCUACACACACAUAUACCAUGGCAUGUACUCAUAAUGUUACAUUUAUAUUCAAAAUUCAUUCUAAUUUGUGAAAAUAUCACAUAGAUGCUAAACAUAGAUUUGUACUAAAGGUCCUCAAAAUAAUCAAUAUAGGCACAUAGUCCUCAUUAAGCCACAAAAACAACAAAAAACACACACAUAGGGAUAUAAUUGGGCAUUGGACAAACUAUAUUAUGCAGUUGAAUUCAUUAAAAUAGCCUUAAUUGAUGAAUUCACAAGUAUUCAUGAAGUGUACGAAAAUACUUUUCACACAAAAUUAAAAAAACACUCAUCUUUUAAAUACGAUUUUUAAAAAUACAGUAAAUAUCUUAAUUUUUUAUGUGCAAAAGAUGCUCAGAAACCUAAUUUCUGGUGCAUAGUCCUGACUGAUAUACACAAACACAAUUACACUUACAUACAUAAGUAGUACAAGUAUGUUCAAAAUGUCCUCAUAAAUACUGUCGAAGGCACCGUCAUAAAAACACCAACAAAAUUGCACCGUAACACAAAAUCACUGUAUUUUAAUUAAUAGUUGUUUAUUUGAAUUUAUGUAAACAUCCUAACAGGUCGAGUCAACGUGCGUGGAAGGUCCUCAGAGACAGUUUCAAACACAUGGUCCACAUAUAGACACACAAAUCCUGAAUAAGUGGCGCUUUGCUUAUUACGUCUUCUCGUCCCCAGAUAGACACGUAAACAAACUCACAUGAAAACACAACAGCACAACUCAGUUAAAUGCGACCUGUUCUGAUUUGGAUAAACACGAUUUAAUUCAAGUCUUGGAUGUUUUUUAACUCCUUUUAUAGAGAUUAUCGUCCUGCUCAGCGAAGUCCUCGGGUCAGAAACAUCUGCAGUCCCCAGACAGACACAAAAACAAAAACACAGACACACACAAACACAAGAGCAUUCGCCAAACUCUGUGUGUGUGUGUGUGUGUGUGUGUGUGUGUGUGUGUGUGUGUGUGUGUGUGUGAGAGCGGAAAGAUGAGAUUAAGGAGCACAGUGUGAUCAUCGAGGAUAAUCACCAGCUACAACACACAAACACAAACACAACACACACGUUUUUAUCUCCACUUAUCUCUCCUCUCAUCUCUCUUUCACUUUUCAUUUCCUUCUCGGUCUUUUCCUUCCUCCUAUCCAAACUUGUCCCCUCUUUCCUCCUCCUCUCUCCUCAUUUCUCUUUUUUUUGACAGUCUUUCAUCUCCUCUCCACUCGAUGCCUUAAGUUACUCUUUCCUUUUAUCUGUAGCUCCCACUCGCCUCCUCGCUUUCCUUUUAUCUGUCCUUAAUCUCACCUUUUAUUUCCCUUCUUCUCCUAUUUCUGCUUCCUCUUUUCCUUCUUUCCUUCCCUCCUUCUUUCUCUCUUUUCCUCCUCACUUUUUUCCACUUUCCUUCCCAGUUGCCUUCAUUCCUCCUUGUCUUCCCUUAACUGAUAUUUAACCUUUCCUUUAUUCCUUCCUUUCCUUUAUUCGUUUCUUUUCCUAUGUUUAUAUCACUCCUGUCCUUUUCUCGUUAUCUUAGCUGGUAUCACUUCUGUCCUUCUUGCCUUCUUUCCUCCCCUUAGCUAUGAUCACUUCCUCCCUACUUUCUACCAUCUUUUUCUUUUCCAUCCCUUUACUUUGUUUAUUUACUUAUUUUUUCUUCCUUUCUGAUACAUUUUUGCUUCUUCUGCUUUUUCUUUACUAUCCUUUUAUCUUUCCUUUCCUUCUUUCCUUAUCUUCUUUUUGUAUCAAUUUAAUUCUCUUUCAUAAUUUUUCUUUACUUUCCUUUGUUUAUUUACUUUAUUUUUUCUUCCUUAUUGAUACAUUUUUACUUUUUUCUGCUUUUGUCAUCUUUCCUUUCCUUUAAUCCUUCCUUCCCUUCUUUCCUUUCCUUCCUUUUGUACCAUUUUAUCUUUUUUCUUUCUCUUUUUUCUGUCUUUACUUUGUUUAUUCACUCUCUUUAUUUUUUCUUUCUUUCUGAUACAUUUUUUCUUUUUUUCUGCUUUUUUCAUCUUUCCUUUCCUUUAAUCUUUCCUUCCCUUCUUUCCUUUCCUUCCUUUUAUACCAUUUUAAUUCUCUUUCGUUCUUUUUCUUAACCUUUCCUUUUUUUAUUUACUUUCUUUAAUUUUUCAUCCUUUCUGAUACAUUUUAACUUUUUUUCUGCUUUUUUUUUCAUCUUUCCUUUCCUUUUAUCUUUCCUUCCCUUCUUUCCUUUCCUUCCUUUUAUACCAUUUUAAUUCUCUUUCAUUCUCUUUCUUCACUUUUCUCACCCGUCUUCUCUCACUUCUCCUCUUCCUGUGUUAACUCGUCUUUUUACCCACACUUUAACCUUGUAGUUUGAAUGUUAAAUCUUUAUUUAAACAGUCCCUCCCUGACAGAACAAAAAAAAAAAGAAAAAAAAGAAAAAAACAGGCUGAACAUCAGAAAGCAGCUGAAACAGAGACGUCAUGCUAAUCACAUCUGAACCCUCCACCUCUCAUUCCACCGUCCGUCCCUUUGACCGGACGACUUAUCUGUUCACUCACGCUGUGUGUGUGUGUGUGUGUGUGUGUGUGUGUGUGUGUGUAAGGAUUACGCAGCAUCAGAGCCAGAUUUGGUCCGUAUGCUCCGAGGCAAUCACCCCCCGUCUCCCCCCCGCGCUCGCCGUCUCCCCCGCCCCUCCCCCCCCCGACAACCAGCAGCAGCAGCAGCAGAUUAUGUGUCCUCCGCUGCACAGACCUCACAGGCGGACGCCAAAAACGGGAUGAUAGUCCAGAAACACACAAACAGAGACGGGGCGAAACUUGAAGAAAUGUGCGUCUGAGAGAAAUGAAAUGUGUGUGUGUGUUUGUGUGUUUUCUGCCUGUCUGCCUCUCCCCAUCUGUCUGAGCGAAGUACGACGGAGUGUCAUUAGAUUCUCUCCGGCUGUGUUUUUGCGCAUAUCGCUGCUGUUUGUGUGCGUGUGUGUGUGUCUAUUAAUAAAUGCACAGAGGUACAUGAGACAGGAUGUGGUCGCCAUGGUGCAAGGUCCUCCCACGCCUUGUUCUGAAACUGUCUGUGCACGCUUAUGUGUGUGUGCGCGUGUGUGGUCAGAGACAACUACUAACGUAAGCCUAUUUGAAAAGAUUCGUGUUGUCGUGUUUGCUGUCAGGUUUGAGAGGAAAUCUUUUCAGAUGAAAGUUGUCAAGGUGACGCACACUCACACACACACACACACUCACACACACACACACACACACACAUUUUGACCAGCUAUGACUGAACACAAGAGAAAAACGCACAGGUGAAAGGGUCGAUAAAUCCAACUUUUUAUCAUUUGUGCGCGCGUCUCUUUGUGUGUCCUCACAUUCCCAAGCUGAAGGUUGUUUCCAAAGCUGGGCUGUUACCAUGGCAACCUCGCAUGCCUUCGCCUCAGCAAGUUUGAAUGUCAGAAAGCAGCAAAAAAAAUAAAAUGAUAAGAAAAAAAAUCUGUGUGAUUAACAAUGAAGUCCGACCCUGGUUCAGCUUUCGUUUGCGGGUUUGUUUUAACCGUCUUUGAGCCCCAGGCGGGUGGGGUUUGCAACGCUGAGGCAACCGGGUGAUAUCAGCGUGUAUCUGCGGUGUAACCUUGAACAUCAGACGAGUCAACAGGUGUGUUUCUGUGUUGUUUAAAUGGCUGUAAAUGUCUCGUGUGUUCAUGCGUCCAUGUAAAUAAGGUCCCAAAAAACAUCCAUACAGGUGCAGAACAUGGUUCCCAUAAAGACACAUAAACAAACCUGCAUCUACACACACAUCCCACCCCAACUUAUGACAUAAGUUGGAGAAAAAUAACAACAACCUGCAGAAAAAUGAGUUUUUAAUGUAGAUAUCGAUCGACCUGUCUGUGAGGAGUUCUAAUAAAGCCAAAUCCACUCGUUCUCCUUAUUCCCUCACUCUCACCCUCUUCCUUUCUCUCUCCAAAAGUCCUCAUUUCAUCUUUGCCGUCCUCUUUCACUCUCCUCUAUCUUUUCCCGCCCACAUCUCUCUCCCAUCCUGCCAUCUGCUGGAGGAACUGAAUCGCUGCAGCAGCUCCUCCUCACAGACAUCACAGCUGGUGACAUUGAGCGAGCCUCAUUUGGCAUGCUGAAGGUGUGCGCGCAGGGGAAGGUGCGGCCUCGUGAUUACAAAAACACGGCCGUGUUUGGAGGGUCAGGGAGUUCAGUGUCUGAACCGCUAACGUCUGUCGCAAUUAGUCCCGGUACCUGAAUGUGUGAGUGUCUCAUUUGGGUUUCAGUAUUUCAUGAAUAACCAGCGGCUGUUGGAGACAUGUUUUCUAUCAGUAUCUCCUAAUUAAUCCUGAUAUGUUUUUGUUGAAACCUGACUGAAAGGCUGAAAGAGGAGGACCCUGACAAAUUUAUAUUUUAAUACUGUAAAUUAUUGUAAACUCAUGAGGCUAUCCCCCAAAAAAAUCUGUUUAAAGCCUCUGAAAGGAACUCUGUUUACAAAGUAAGUUGUGUUUUCUAAAAUCAUCCUUAUCCUGCUAAUUUUUGACAGUUAAAUUCAUCAUUUAUUGUAAAUAUUGUAUGUUUGAAAUGUAAAAAAAAGGCUACUCUGCUGAUACCUACCUCCUUACACCGAUUUCAGGUGACAAGUUAUGUUACCGAUGGUCUUGUUUGCUUCUGGAGAGCAUAAAAAAGGAUAAAUAUGAAUUUCAGUCUGUUUCAUUGACGUCAAAAAGGAGCUUUAAUGAUUUCUACAUCAGGAAUUGAUUAAUUAAAGCUACUGUUAGAAUAUUUACCCAACUAUAAAAGAGACUGAAACGAAUUUUGAUUUAUCAGCAAUUUAUUGGCAAUUCUGACAUUUAAACAUGGACAUCCUUUUAAUGAGGUUACCCACUGGUUCCAACUUUUAGUGUUAUGAAGCCAGAAGUUGGUGGUUGCCAUUUUGAAGACAGAUAUCAAGUUGUAUCCACGAGUGUUAAAAAAUAACGUAAAAGCAGAAGGAAGUGUAAAAGUCAGCCGGUCUAUGAGGCUGUAAAACACAAAAACUUAGACUUAAAUAUGAAUCUCAGUCUGUUUCAUUGAUGUAAAAAAACUCCUUACAGGAGCUUUAAUGAUUUCUACAUCAGGAAUUGAUUAAUUAAAGCUACUGUAAGAAUAUUUACCUGGCUAUAUAAGAGACUGAAAUGAAGUUUGAUGCGUCUUUAUGAGCUACAAGUGGACCAUAGGGCUGGGCGAUAAAUCAAAAAUUUUUUUACAUUUAUUAUUUUUUUUAUUGAAUUUACAGAUACCGAAAUUUACAACAAUAACCGACGUCAUUUUGAUCAUAUCGGUAUAUUCGGUGUCAAAAAAAAUGAAUAAAUCAAAGUUGGUUUUAGAUGUGUAUAGGUAGGCUAUGGUUUCAUGUCCCUUUAGGACGGUUCAAAAGUUGUAGCGGCUGAAGUAGACGAAGUUAAUGUGGGAGGGAGCGAGCAACUUGUGGAGUAGUUAUCGUCCAUUUAUCGUUAUCGAGGUGAAUUGAUCAAUAUAUCGUGAUAUUGAUUUGAGGCCGUAUCGCCCAGCCUUAGUGGACCUUCAAAAAUCAGGUUGUAAUGCUUUUCACUGUUGCUACAGGGAAUCUGUCAGACAAGUAUCUUAAGAAACAGCUAUUUUCCAUUUAAAGCUCCAGUAAGGAGUUUUUUGACAUGUAUGGAAUGGACUGAAAUUCAUAUUGAUGCCUUUCCAUGAUGUACAAAAGCAAACAAGACCAUCAAGACCAUUUAAAGAAGACUCAACUCGGAGUUAAAUCAUACACUAAGAAAGGUUAAAAUAACAUCUAUCUGUGUUUAAUGUCCUGUUUCGUUGAUGACACCAAAAUCUUUAACUUAUUGUAACAAGAGCGAAAGUUGACUGAAAAAUCUCAAAAUUCCAAAACGUGAGAUCGAAAGUUUUAGAAUACAAAUCUUUAAAUCAGAGCAAUAAUUUGACAAUUAUCAAACCUUAAAACUUUGUUUGAACUUUAACUUGUUGAAAGUUUUUCAGUCAUAAUUUCCUCAAUUAUACAAACGUUCCCAUAUGAGUCAUUUUGAGACGCUCUUGCGACACUCUUUGUAGGUUUUGGUUUAUUUGAACUUCGGUUUAUUGAAAAACAAGAUAAACCACAUUUGUCGGUGAGAUAAAAGCCAAAGAUGAUUAUCUCUAAACCUCACCUAAACAGAAAACCCCAAACAGAAAAAUGUUGAGUACUGUCUGUAUUGAUGAGUACAGGCUAUCACAUUAUCUAGCUGCAUAAAAUAAUACUUAAGAAUUAUUAAUAAAAGUGUUUUAAAGCUUUCUGGCAAGUUUUACUCGUGAACAUAACUUUGGAAGUAAAAAUAAAAAUUAAAAGAACAUUAAAAUGAGAAAAAAGUCAAUAUGUUACACUUAUAAAAGUGGUUGCAUUGGGUCACAGAACUUUAACUUAAACGUUUCAAAUUGGACAAAAUGUUUUUGCAGGAACAGACUUAAAUGAUGAUGCAUGGGAAAAGUAAUGGUGUGAUAACAAUGUAUUCAACUUUUACAUAUUAGAAGUAUUUCAAAAAGUACAAAUUUUUGGAAUAAUUUGUAAGACAGGACAAGAAUUCGCCAGUCAAUUCUGUUUAUAAGUUGGUAACAAUUCAGCUUUUCUCUACUUAUUAAAGUGAGACAAUGAUUUGUAAGUUGAUCAUUUGUUGGUCACAAAAGAAAAUUUGCAGUUGAAAGAGUUCAAACGAGAUAUUGUUUGAAUUUUGUUGCAAGCAAAGCGACAAAUUGUCCCGGUUUCGUUUUCCCGAUGUCCAAAAAACCUCAAAAUUUCAAUACAACGAAAAAUCGAAUGACAUGCAGUCCUGCUUCGAUGCAGUUUAUCACCGCAGGGAUAAAAAAAUAUCUGUUUCAGAAAAAAGUCAUUUAUCAGAAAUCACAUAUGAAAGUUGAAUAAAGUUUGAAAAAUCCGUGACAAUUCACAAUGUUUCGAAUCUGGAUAUAUCAAGGAAUGUUCAUCUUUUUCAAUUUCCUUAUCUAAUUUGGAGAUAAUUCGAUUAAAAUUGAAUUUGAUAACUCAAUAUUUCAACUGCUAACACGAAAUUACGAAAUAUUCCGAGGCGAAUUUUGACGCGCCUGACUUUACACAUCAAAAAGAUAUUGACGUCACAAAUAAUCGCGCGACAAAAACCGCUCCCGGUGUGAAAGGACCUUAUGAUUCAAAGAAAAUCAGCAAUUUUUCAGUGAAACGUUGAUAAUGAAGCUCUGAUUUUGACCUGAUUUUACCACAGGUGACUUUUUAUGACUUAAAGAGAUUCAGGUUUGAAGGCGAAGAGAUUUUAAAAAUGAAAAAAGACAAAACAGAAACGACUGAAGGGAUGAAGAGAGGUAGAAAGAUGGUGUCAGUGCAUGAGUCCACAGGGAACAGCAUGUUUCUGCUCAUUAAAGACAGAAUGAUACGCCGACUGGCAGACAACAAACGCGCACACAAACACGCACACAUGUAACACACACAUAUGCACACGCUCGCGGUAAUUUGCCUUGGCAGAUGAGACGCUGAUCUGACACUGAAAGCGCCGCGAUGACAGCAUGUAGGCAGCAGACAUGAACACACACACAUACACAUAAACGCAGGAAGACACACACACACUCACACACACACUGGCAGGACAGCUCGUGCAGGUUGGUAAGACACGAGUUUUUUUGUGUUACUGUGACACUCCAAGUUCCCCUAAGCAGAGUGUGAUAGUGAUGUCAUUGUUUGUGUGUGUGUGUGUGUGUGUGUGUGUGUGUGUGCGCUCAUUGCCAAUCAAACAGGUUUUUCCAGUUCUAUUUAUAGCCUGAAGGGAAUAAGCUUGUUCCUACAUUUACACACACACACACACACCACUCCUCUCAGGUUUGCGGUGGGGGAAGGAGCUUAUUUGCAAGUGCCGCCUUAUCUCCAGGAUGAGUGUCUGUCAGGGUUGCCAGGUUUGCUGAUAAUAAGUAACUUUUGGCUAGUUUUGAUUUGAAACGUCAUCCGCAAAGUUUGGAAGUCACGACUUUGAAUACAAUACAUGAGAUUUCAACAUAAAUCAUUUUUUUAUUAUGUAUUUUUGGUGAUAAUGAAGCUACACCCAUUUUCUGUGUUGACCAAGAGUUAAGUGAGUUGACCAAGAUUUUAAGAUUCAAAACAUCUAUUCAGAAAUCAAUAGGUUAUGUCCCAGAGACUGUAGAUGUAUUUAUAUAUUAGAGAAUAAAUUUGAGCACACUGGCGAGUUAACAAUAGUUAGAAGCAGAAAUCGAAUGUUGAAACAUUUUAAACAUUUUUAAGGUAUUACAUGUGAAUGUGAAUACAGGUAGAGAAAGGGUAAAAAUCAGCAAACAAUCAGUAUUAUUUGGAAAUAUGUUGGUGUUCAUCAAGAAAUGUGGUCUUAUGUUUGAAAUGUUAAGAGGUUUUUAUUACUUCCCCCUAAAAGAUUUCAGUCUUAGAUGUCAGAAAAUAAAAAAAAAUAUUUUCAAUUUUUUCAACACAAAAAAAAAAUAAAAUAAAAUUUUGUAGUCUUUUAACUGCAUUUUCAUAGUUACCUAUGAACUUUGAUAUUUCUGGGUUGUGUUACUUUCAGCUUGUUUAAAAUGUUAUUUAUUUUGGCUUUACCUCUGUGUCUACAACCACACCAUAAUUAAGAAGGAAAUUGUACAGAAAUUGACAAAUAUUUUUCAUAUUGUAAUGCAUUGUACCAUAUCAUAUCAUAUGGUUCCGAUUCCUCAUUUCAAUUCCGGUACCUAACGAUUUUCUAUUCCGAUUCUUUGAAAAGGCAGGAUGUAAAAAAAAAAAAAAAAAAGGGUUUAAAUGAGGGUGCUAACCAGAGUUCUUUUUGGAUGAAAUUUCUGAACUUCUUUGCGAAUUUUAAUUAUAUUAACUUUUUAAGUGUGGCUUCGUCUCAUACGCGUCGUCCUCGUUAAUGUUCGGCGACUUCUUCGUCAUUGGUGUUUAGCGGCAUCUUUCUCGUUGGUGUUUGGCGGCUAUUUCUUCCAUCGAUGCUCGAGACUCGAUGCCCAACCCUAAUCGUACAUACCGUAUCGUAUCGUAAGUCAUCCUUCAGUUGAACUGGUCCCCUCCUUGUAAAAAAUACUCAGCUGACAGUCAGCCACUCACUUCUUUACACCUCAUUGCUUGUUUGUAUAGCAAGAUCUGGCAACUCCAUCCUAACACCUGAGGGGGUGUGGCUACCUGACAAGGUAAGAUUGAGAGGGAGGAAGUAGAGUGGUAUUGUUUGAGGAGCUGCUGGCUUGUAAGGAGAGCUGCUGCUGAGUUUUAGGUGUGUAGGCAGUGAUAUAUCGAAGGAUCUGAAGGUUCGGCUUGAGUGGAAACAGCAAGAAAAAAAGAGGAUAUUUCAUCUUGAAGAAGAGGAUGAGCAGAAGUUGACAGAGUAACUUCCUGUCCACCUCCACGUACCUGUGAAAGUUGUAGAGCCGGCGGAGGCAAAGCUUGGAUUGUACUAACCUGACCGGGAUCAUCAGCUGUCAAUGCCGUGGUUGUGCCGGCCCAGCGGGUGCUGCAUGGCACCCCUGUUGUUCCGCUGUGAGGGAGGGGGACAGGGAGAUGAUGACCAGCUCAGCCAUGAGGACCAGCUGGAGUCCAACAGUCGCUUUGAGAAGUUACAGCAGAGCAGCCUGGUCGAAGAGGUCAGUAGAUGACAGUCAGACUUCCAGAACUGUGUUUAAUGGUCAUGUUUGGUGCACAAGGAGGCCCAGAAGAAGGUUUGUUGUGGUUUUGAGUUGGUAAUAAGUCUCAACUCAGUUUUUUAGUGUCAGUGAAGGUAAUCGUACUGCGUUUUAAACACCGAUUCUUACUGUAUUUGUUGCAGCUCCGUCUCACUUUUUUCACCAUCGUAUCUGUAACAAGUUAAUUCCUUCCACCAGAGACAUAACUCUGCAUAAUAAGGCAGUAAUCACUUAGAAAUUCAUACCUCAUAAAACGAGAGCAGCACUUUCCCCAAAUGGCAGGUGCUUUAGUUUUAACCAAACAUCACUCAGUCUGGAGUAAAGACUGGAUUGAUGGGGACUGUUUUCUUCUUAGUCGCUCAUUUAUGAGUUUUUAAUCGUGUUUUCGGCGAUAAAGCACACUGCACAGAGGAGUAAGAUAAACAAGCUUUGAGUACAGAGACAACACCUGUUCGCAGGAUCCAUUCAUCGUUACUUUUCCACCUUUAAAUUGGAUCUUUUAUCAAAAUGUCAUGUGUACCCAUUAUUGGAAACGUUGAGUGUUUAAGGGCCUGUGUCCACUUACUGGCGAAACCAAUGCAAAAAUGUGGCCCUCCCAGCACUGCCAGUUAAAAUAAAUCAAUUUUUUUGUCAUAUCUCAUUUCUUCUUCAGUGGCCGAUAAAAAUCGUGAUAGAGCAGAACUUGCAUUAUCACAUACCACAGUUCAUCUCAGGCACCCAGAUUAAAUUUUCAGCUCCCAAGCUUGUACUUAUUCCAGAAUAUGAUUCCUUUCUGUAAAAUUUCUUAGAAAAAAAUUAAAAAUUAAGCAUAGAAGUCAAAUUAAAGUGAAUUUAAUGAUCACAACAGAUAAAUCAUGUAUUAAAGAUACGGAUGCUGCCAGGACAAUAAUGCAUUCAGUGAACACAGGCCCUAUAUUAAUGUAAAUACAGUGAGGACGUCCCUUCGCCAGUAAUGGACACAUUUUUAAGCUAUGUAAUUUCUUGAAAUAAAGUGAAUAUUGAUAAAAAUCUGAUAAAAUUGAUUUUACGUUGUCUGUGUCUAAGUUGACGCUGCUAGCACAAAAAAAUGAAUUUAGUGGACACCGGCCCUAUUACAAUGGAAAGACAGUCAAGCUUUCACUCUGUCUAUAGCUAGGCUAAUUUUUGAGUUAUAAAAUUUCCUGAAUUAACACAUAUAGAGCAUAAAAGUCAAGUUAAAAUACAUUUAAUGAUCAGAACUUGGGUUCUCUUUGUGUUAGAGUUGUAGAUACUGCCAGGACAAAAAUGCAUUCAGUGGACAUCGGCCCUAUUUUAAUGUAAAUACAGUGAGGACAUCUCUUUGUCAGUAAAUGGGCAAUUUUUGAUGUAUAGAAAUUUUUGAAUUUAAAAAAAUAAUUAGCAAAAAGUCAAUUUAAAAUCAUUUAAUCAUUACAACUUAGGUUCUCUUUGCGCUGGAGUUGUGGAUGCUGCCAGGACAAAUAUAGCAUUUAGUGGACACAGGCCCUGGUAUAAUGUAAGGACAAUAAAGACAUCUCUUUGUCAGUAAUGGAAAAUUUUUGAGCUAUAAAAAUUUUUGAAUUUAAACAAAUAUCAAGCAAAAAAUCAAGUUCAAAUACAUUUAAUGAUCAUAACUUGGGGAAGUUUUGUGUUGGAGUUGCGGAUGCUGCCAGGACAAAUGUAGCAUUUAGUGGACACGGGCCCUAGUAUAAUGUAAAGACAGUCAAGGCAUCUUUUGCAAUAACUGGGCUAAUUUUUUUUAGCUAAAUGAUAAUACUGCCAGUUGAAAACACAUGUAAUGGAUUAAUUCCCAAUAAAUGUAAUUGAUAUUUUUAGCCUAAAAACCAUCUAUAUCUAUCUAAUAUCUAAUAAGAUAUAGAUAUCUAUCUAUAUCUAACAUCUAUAUUAUGUUUACUCUGAAAAUAUGUGGUCUCUAGGGUGCUAAGGUUUAUAGAAAUGUAACACUAGUGCAGCGAUUUGUUGACCGUUUUUGAAGUUGAAGCAUUAAAGAUUAGACAGUCAUGCUGGAUAGUGUAGGUAGGUGUGUUUUUGUGCACUCUGUUGGGUUUUUAAGCAUAGCUGACUCCAAAAGAAAAGGGUUGAAUCAGUCAGAUUUGUGUGUGUGGGUGCACUCACACAGCUCGGUUUGACUGCAUGUGCAUUCUGCGGAUGGGUAAGUAAUGUGUGGUAAUUUGCUCUAGUGUGCAGAUCCACUUUGCAGCCCUUCAGCGUGUGUGUUUGUGUGCAAAUUAGGCCUACAGGGGCUGAUUGUUGUGAUGUAAUUAGUCCUGCUCUAAUGAAUACACUGAUCUGUCUGGCAACAUCGCUCAGCAGGGGAGGAGGAAAGAAAAAAACAGGAGAAACGCUGUCAAGGGUGUGGGUGAAGUUUGACCGCAAGCUGGUGUAAAACCCGACCUUUGCAUUUUCUCUACGUCUUGUUUAAGAGCGCGUAUGUACGCAACACGUGAAUGGAAGCGUUGCAUUUGAAUACAUCUUACUCAAUAAGUUCAAUUCAUGGGAGCGUAUUACUGGGUACAGAAAUAGCCCAGAGGCGGUGUUGUCGGAAGGUCAAACAUGUUGUGGUCGCGCUUUCAUAUGCAUACAUUUUAGCAUUCUGGCUUGAGGCAGUCCGUUCAAUAUGACCAGUUUUAAGCUUAGUUUUUAUUGAAUAUAAGCUUUAUUCCAAAGCUCAGAUUGACGGUGUUACAGGUAAAACACUAAAGUGUGGAUUUCACUGUGGUCGCUCUCUAAAUCUCCCCUCCUUUGAGCCCAGCCCAAGUGUGUCUCAAUGGGUUAGCUUUUGUCUACCAGACAUUGGUUACGCCUUUCCAAAGGCUUGCAACACAUGUAAUAUAAACAUUACUUCUAUAUACAGCCAAGUCAGAUAGUGGAAAUAACUUUGAUAGUGCCAAGUCCUCAGGAAUUUGAUAAAGAUAGAGUCCUUUGACUUCUAAAUAUUCUUACUACAAGUGUGAUUCUCCCCUUAAGUAUUUUAUUCCAGUUUUUGAGUUUUUUUGUUUUUUAAGGGAAAAUAGAGCGUGAGUGGGAUGUCUUCUAUCAUAUGAAAUGUGGGUCUUCACUUAAACUUGGUGGGAACGGUUUGUAUUCAAACUGUUACUGGCUGUUCAACUUCAAAAUAUACAACAUAUACCAGCGUCAGGCCGUCUGAAAGAGUCUGUUGUUUGAUGCAGCAGAGGAUGGUCUUAUCGUAACCCGACCAUCGUAUGGCACUCUUGACGUUUGCGUACUAACACAGUAGUGUUGUGAAUCACUCUGAGGCCUGUUUCGUUCCUCUUUCAGUUUAGUGUAGCUCAGCCGCGAGCCUGGCAUGCCGGUCGGGAGUGGAAGAGAGUCUCGUGAUUCACUCACAGCGAAUGAUCAUGUAUCAGUAUGUGAUCGAAACGUCUGUGAACGACAUGGUGAAUGAAACGGAACGACUUCAGGCAGAGGAGGGAGGGGUGUAGCGUUGGUCACGAACUGCCGAGCACCGAUUCGUUAAAACAGUGCAUUAUAGUACCUUUACAUUUAUACACGUGUAUAAACUUUCCUGCAAGAAGGAUUUAAUUUCAGCCGAUUUAAAGAAACACGCUAUUUGGUAUCUUUAAAAGUAGCAGAAUCCCAGCGACAGUUGCGAUGUUUAUUUAUUUUCAAUCUCUCCAUUUUUCCGCGGUAUAAAAGAACAACGACUCAAUUCAGUACAGUCAAAAGAACGGUUCUUCCCAUCAGUAUAACACAGCCAGUAUGUUUGGCUGUUGGUAUAAAAACAGGCAACAGUGUUAAAAAUGUCGAAAAGAGAAAAAAGAUAUGAUAAAGUUUACAUUUAUGAUCGUUCGUCUCGUUUUUGUUGCUCACACCAGUUUGAACCUGUUCUUGGAAAGUUAGCUUUGGCUUUUGUUUGUUGCACCAUCCUUGGACUCGGCCUCAGGUACGUCCUUGACCUGUAUCGGUAGUUGUUUCACCAUCGGCAGCCUCUGAUUAGCCGAGUGACUGACGGCUCAUGUUGCUCUGGAAACUCGGGAUAAGACUGAUUGGCAGAGCAGGAUGUUACACCUCACCGUUAUCUCUGACAUGUCAGGUGGUUCAGUCAAAAGAGACCUUUACUCCUUGUUCGUGUGCUUACUUCUUCCUCUUUAAGGCGCUUGCUGUUCUUUUGUUUUCUUUCCAGCGUCCUUGUGUUUUAUUCCCUGCUUCGUUUUUACCUUUUUGUAUUCUGUUCUCUCUCUCGCUGCUGUCACGGCUCUUGUUCUUUUUCUUCCCCUGGCUAACGAUCCAUACCGUCGGACAAUCUAUCAUGAUUUCCACCAUCAUCCUUUCUUUUUUUCCAUUUUUUUUCCCCUCUAACAAUGUGACAGUACAAGAUUUGCCUCUCUCUCAGGGCUUAAAAGCACAUUUAUUCCAAAGAAACAUGCACUGCGAGAGUACAAGAAGCCGUAUGUGCCAUUACGAAGAGUGAUAUCUCAUGAAAACACAUGCCCACAAACACACACAGAUGCAGUUGAGAAAUGAGAUAGCUAUAGAGCGAUGAAUUAGAUUUAUAACUGGGUCGGAGAUGCUUCUGCCGGGUAUUACUCCCUCUGUUACAGGCAGCCAAGGACAUUACUUCAAAGACAGACGAGCAGGGAAAGUAAGCAAGCACACAAAAGAAAGAGAAGAAAGGCAGGAAGAUAGAUGAGGAACAUUGAGAUGAAAACAGAUGAGAAGGGGGUCGGAUACGAAAAUGCGCCUUAAAAAAAAUCUGAAAAAGUGAAAGUCAAUGUCAUUUUCCUCAAGUUGGUUUUUAUUCGCUGUCUUUCUUUGUGCGGCGUCGUUUAUUUUGCAAAGCUAAAGUUCUUGACAAACUAGCCAACUACUAUAGCUAGUGAUGAGCUAGCUAAGUUAAGUUAUGUGAACAGUAAAUGCUACCUAGCUAGAUAAAACAUGAUAAAGUAAACGCUUGUGACCGUACAAGCACAGUAUAUUACUUAUGACAGGUAUGCUAGCUUGAGACUGUUCUAGCUAGCAACUAGCCACCAAGUGGGCUGGGUAUAAAUUCGUAUAUUUUCAUUAAUGCAAAUUUUAAAGUUAGGAAUAUCAAAAUUUUGGGAAAUAGAAAAUAUUUUGUAUAAUUUAGCAUUAGCCUAGUAAAGUACUUAUUCUUUCUAAUUUUCGAUAUUGUCACCUUAUUUAAAUAAUGUCCCAAGCCAUUUUUUGACGAAAAUUAGGCUAUGUUCAUACUGCAGGUUAUGAUGCACAAUUCAGAUUUUUUGUUAAAUCCGAUCUUUUUGUGCCGUCGUUCACAUUACAACAAAUACAGCAUCUAAUGUGAACAGAAUCCGUCCGUGAAGUGACCCGCAUGCGCACAAAUCACAAAUUGCUUUCCGCGCCUGUUUGUGUUGUCGUACAAUGGUGACGUUUGUCGCAUAUUGAUGACGUAUAGGUCGGAUGAACGCGCCCUGAGCGUCCACACUGCAGUCACAUCGGAUACAUAUCCGAUUUAUAUCCACAAACAAAAGAGGCCUGGGUCGGAUUUGAAAAAAAUCUGAAUUGCACUGUUCACAAAUCGGAAUUGACCUGCAGUGUGAACAUAGCCUAAGUCUUUGGCCUAAAUCAUCCCGCCGAAAAUUCUUUUUCGUCAAAAAAUGACUCAGGCCAUUAUUUUAAUAGGGUGAGGAUAUGCAAGUUAGUGAAGAAGCUAAAAGUUGUAAAAAAUAUGGUAACAACAAAACCGGUGUGUUAACAGACUAGAUUGUUAGCACAAAACCUACGCAGUACAACCAGUUGCUAGCAGCUAGCGUUGAAACAGUGGUAGCGUAGUUGUAUAUUUCAUACUCAUCAUUUUUAAACCUUAGUUAUAGUACGAUGAAGACGUUUUGUUUGAGUAAUUUAAUGUAAUUAUUCCUGCAGUUAAAGCUGUAAGACUUAAUUCACCUUGUCGCUACAUAAUCUGCUAAACACUGCAACAUUUAAGAUGCUAGCAACAGUUAUUAAGCUAACUGUCAAUUAGCAGAGCAUUUGGAAAGUAGUGCUGACUGGAAUAUGUGAAAAUUAUAAAUUGAAUCACUUGCUACGUCGAGAAAUAAGAAACCAGGUCAAAGGCACGCGACUGACACAUUUACCAUCACACAGUCCUUCCUCGCCCUGCUGUCGGCUUCACUCAGUUUCAAUCAGCUUGUAGAGUGUUAGUACUUGUCAUGCAGGUGGCAGACCUGUUGUCAGUCUUUAUUUUCCCACAGGGACCCUUUCUGCUCAGCCACCUGCCCGGGGUCAUCGUUGUUGAGAUAGUGUUAGGAGGACACCGUGUCUGUGUCAACGCCUCGCCUGUCCUUUUAUUACAGUGCAUGUUCCCGACUGUGUCCUGAUUUGGAGAUAACUUAAACAAUAUCCUCUCUCCUCUUAUCCGCUCUUAGCGCUUCUGUGUUAUAUUACUUUACUGAUGAUGUGGCCUUCAACAUUAAGAGCCCUCUAUAUUUAAAAAUAAAAAACAAAAGGCUUCAAACCACAAACUAAUCGAUCGUUUCAAAUGUAAGAUUACUGAGGAUUAAUUUGCUUAAAGAUGGAAGUCGUAUGUUCAUUUGUACAAAGUUUAUAUCAUAGUUUUCUCUGUUUUGAGUAUUUGAACACCUCUGUCAUGUGCUCACACAUUCAGUUUACCUUUGCUCACAGUUUGUAGUGACAGACAGGUUGAGCAAGAUGUUUCGUCACUAACGAUAGAGAGUGAUGAUGAUUUUAUGACCUGGUUUACAUCUUGGCUGACGGCAGGACGUUUGCAUUCGUCCUUCAGGCUCUUUAAAUCAUCGAGAUUAGUCAUUUGCUGGCGUAUCUGAUACUUAUUUUUUUACUCACAAGAUUUUACCACACGCCUGACUCAGAAUUCAGCAAUGUUAUCGCUAUUAGUUAAUCUGUUUUACCGGCAACAUUUACGGUUGACGUCUUUCUUCUUUCUUAAAGCCACAUGGUUGUUUCUUGAGGUGAUUUUUCAAUUUAAGUCUGAGAUCUUCUCUUUUUUAACAAACAAACAAGGCAAACAGUUAUUUCAGCCACUGGCUAAACCUUGUGGGCAAUGAACUAUGACUGUAAAAUAAACAAGCAGCAGCUCAGCAUACAGCCCCUUUAGAUGUUCUGUUGCUGCCAAACAGAGUUAAGAGAAUCGUGGAUUUUUAAUGUGAAACUACCGUGUUUAAUGAGUUUGCCAUUUUAUCACUUGCUUUAAGUAAUUACAAAUGAGCGAUCAGCAGCUCAGCUCCCUCCCAAAUGAAUCUUAACAUAAAUCAAGAGGCACCUCAGCUCACAGACCCUCAGAUACUGUGUUGUUGUUUGACCUUGUUCAGACAAUCCUUUUUUGACAUCAGAUUGCUGUUGUUUGUUUUGACCAAAUUCAACACAGUGUCUGAACAUCUGUUAACAAGCUAGCAGCAGCUCAGCUCACAGCCCUCAUUCAUGUAGAGUUCAGACAGUAUUAGGUUCUUAACAUAAAAACUGCUGUUGUCAGAGUUUUUGUCAUCUUUAUCUCUGGAUCUAAGCAAAUACAAUCAGGCUAGUAGCAGCUCAGCUCUCUUCAAAUAAACCCUAGCCAUGAGCAGUUCAGCUCGCAGCCCCUCUGACAUUUUUGCUGCCCUGUAGAGAUUGGACAAUCAUUUAUGGCAUGAAUUUCCUGUUGUUGCUUUUACUAAAUUCAUCACAGUGUUUGAGUUACUUUAAAUGAGCCAGCAGCAGCUCAGCUUGCAGCCCCUUCUUCUGAAAACAGCUAAAAGCUUCCAACACUUGUAAAUGUUUAAUCAAGAGGAAACAUUUCCAGAGGCCACCUUGACUUUCCUCCUUCUGAUCGUAAAUCAGCGGCGUAAAAGUUUGUGUUUACUGGAAGGCGCUUCAGAAAACUGGCACACUUCACGGCUCAUUUUUACGCAGCUCAGCUUGCAGCCUCUUCUUCUGAAAACAGCUAAAAGCCUCCAAGACUUGUAAAUGUUUAACAUCAAAAUUACUGUAUCCAGUGUUUUUUUUCUACUUUUUUUGAGCUGCUAUAAAAGAGCAGCUCAGCUCGCAGUCCCCUCUGACUUGAUUUUGCCCCUUAAAGAUGCAGAAACACUCGUUCUUUUUUUUAUCAUCUUUUUUGGAGGGUUGCUUUGUCAUCAGUACGAUUCAGGGCAAAAGUCUAAUGAACCAUCAAUCACCAGUUUGUUAAGGGAACAGUGUGAAUUACUGUUGCUGUAUUGUUGUUCUCUGUACAGUGCCAAAGGGAAAAACAAGAAUGCGGAACCUGGUUGGAAAACUUGGGUCCACUUUAGGUCUCUUGAGUUGGCUUUCAGGACUCACAACUUCAUUUUAGAAAAUAGAAACAGAACUAGUUUUAUUACUUCUGUUAAAGUUCAUGUUGAGAUUGUGACUUUGUAAAUAAACAGCCUGUCGACCUCAUUCCUGUAUGAAGAAGGUUAUCAGACUUCCCUGAAACACUUCAAGUGAAUCUUCUCCAGCAUCAUAAACUGUACGCAUGAAAACCCCGGAGACAGCUGAUGCGUUUGACGUGAAGGUAUGCGGGCACGCUGAUGAAGGCGCGUGUUUAUCUCUAUGGAAAUGUGACAAGCCUGUCAGUGGAUUAAUGUGAAAAGCUGCCGUGACAGCUCGUGCAGGAAUGUUGCCGCUGCAGGAGGAAUGAGCGUGCAGGUGUGAGAUGAGCCAUCGGCGAACGUGAUCGGGGUUUCAAGGGUUGCGUGCGUCUUGUACCCUCCUGUUUCGAGAAAUGAGGAUCUCCAUGGUGACUGUUGAUGGCCGAUCUGAAAUUGAUUACCCAUAGUGCGGUUUUUCCUCUCAGGGCAUGUUCUCAUAAAGCGAGAGAGAGAACUAACGAUUGCAUGAUAAGGAGACACAGAGGCGAGGGUAAAGUGAAACAAAAAGCCACCAUAAUGGAAUCGGUGGGGAGUUUCUUCUCCAUGGAUCCAUUGUGUUAAAUCAAAUCAAGCAUUCCUGCCACGUCUAAUAAUAAUUUUCAUGCAGACACGGGUGGCUGCACCUCCUACCUGCUUUUACAAUCGCAGCAGCACAGGACAUUACCCGCGGUGCUUUUACUGCAUUAAUUCUCCCAUCCACACUGCAUACUGAUACCCAGCCGAACGGCGCUUCCUCAUUUUUCUCUUCGACAGAUAAGUGAGGCUGCUAUUUUUGGAAACAUUAGAGGAAACGUUUCCAGAGGCCACCUUGACUUUCCUCCAUCUGAUCGUAAAUCAGCGGCGUAAAAAGUUUGAGUUUACUGGAAGGUGCUUCAGAAAACUGGCACACUUCUCGGCUCGUUUUUACGCAGAUUUUUGCCGUUUUGUCUCGCCGUAAAAAGACCAAAAGGUCCAUCUGUAUUACAGUCGCCAAAGUGAUGUCCUUCUGUUUAUGUGUGACCUCCAACAAGACGAACACUCAGCCUUGUUUUUCAGAUGCACCAACACUAACUGACUCCCUCUCUGUCUCUCUGCAGAAAAGUGUGAAGGAGGGAAUCCUUUUAAAGCAAACCAGCUCCUUCCAGAGAUGGAAGAGGAGGUACUUCAAACUCAGAGGACGGACCCUCUACUAUGCCAAAGACUGCAAGGUACGACACGUGAAACCGCCCGAAGUAGCUUGAAUUAUCAAAGUGCGCCGGGAGUUUGAUUGAAGUCAUAAUCUUGAUAUCAUCUGCAUAGAGUUGAUCAGCGGUGGAAAACUCAAAGGUUCCUGAUUCGUUGGGCAGUUAAUGUUCAAAUCGAUUUAGUUUUCCAACGUUUGGGGCGUUUUAAAGAAGAAAAGGUGUAACUAUAAACUAAUGUUUGUCUCCUUCGACUUUCAGUCUCUAAUCUUCGAUGAAGUGGACCUAUCAGAUGCAAGUGUGGCCGAGACCAGCACCAAGAACAUCAACAACAGCUUCACGGUGAGAAGUUUGACAUGAAUCAGAAACAGACAUUUGUCAUAGAUUUCAGUUUUCAUUGGCGAGUUUAACUCGUCAUCCGUGACUAAAGUACCCCAACACUAGGGUUGGGCAUCGAGUCUCGAGCAUCGAUGGUGACUGGGACUAACAUUCUCAUUGUCCCAGAAUCGUUCAAAUUUUAACAUUUCGAUUUCAAGUUUCUUCCGCUAACCAGCCAGAAUCAGAGAAGUGAAAGAAUAAAUGAGUUCUGUUUUCCGCGAACAUUGAGGCGGCAAACAAAUUGUACUGUGUACGGUGGGUCAACUCAAAUAUUAGGGCCCGACCAAAAUGGAUUUUUUGGGGCUGAUGCCGAUACCGAUUAUUAGGGGGGAAAAAAAUCUGAUUACUGAUUAAUCUGCCGAUUUUUAAAAAUGAUAAAAAAUAUAUAUAUACUGUAGAAAUACUGUAGGCUAUUGCUCGUCACACCGACAGGAAGGACGACUGAUCAAACUCGGACCAGAAAAGCGUUUUAAACUACCGCCUCCAGUGCCGGUCGGUGCCUCCGCGUCGUAACUUACGUUACACAUUUCCGAUCCGGUCUCAUUGUCAUGAGGCCGCUGCGCCAUCUACAGGAUAAGUCAGGGAACUUUUCAAAUGGUGGAACAUUCUGAAGUGAAACUGAAUCUUAUUCUAAGCAUUUUAUUUCUGAGAUUGUCGGCAAAAAGCAGCGACUUUUGGCCGAUUAUCGACUAAUCUCGAACGGGCUAAAAUUGGCCGAUUUAAUCGGCUCACCCUAUUGAAUAUCCAACUAACCUUAGCCCUCGUACUUUUCACAGACAAACGACCCGACAACAAAAAUUUAUAUCUAUAUACUGGUUGAAAAUAGCCCUGUGAGUAAUUUAUGUAAAGUUCCUAAAAAGAUAAUGUCAUUUAAAAAUUCAUGGAAAUUUCAUCCAAAAAGACGAACUCCGGUUAGCACCCAAUAGAGAAUCUUUAGGAACCGGAAUCGAAACGAGGAAUCAGAAUCAGAAUUGGAACCGGAAUCAUUCAAAAUCAAAUGAUGCCCAACCCUACCCAACACUGAUUCGGUGGAUCACCUGAAUAGUUUGUUCAGAUAUUCAUGAUCCCAAGAAGCUAAAACUUGACGACUUUGACGAUUGCCCUGUCUUCUUACAUUCUGGCGGUGUCCUUGUUUCUCCUCCUACAGGUGAUCACUCCAUUUCGCAAACUGAUGCUGUGUGCCGAGAGCAGGAAGGAAAUGGAGGACUGGAUCGGCGCUCUUAAAUCCGUCCAAAAAUGGGAAACCUACGAGGUUCGUCUCCCUCUCGGUCUGACAUUAUUCAUCCCGCCGGCUGACACCCGGGGAUCAGAAAUGUGCCAAAUUGAUGAACCUUUGAAGCUCGUUUGGAGCAUGUAAUCUAUUUUAAUGAGAACAGGCUUUGCUUCUCAAUCCUUUAUUUUUACGUCCAUCUGUUCUUUUGUGAAUACGUGCCCACCUUUUCUUCUUUUCUCCUGGAGAAAAUCCUCUCCUCUUCCUCCUCCUCCUCCUCCUCUUCCUUUUCUCUAUUUCCAGUCCUUUAUCCUCUUGCUCCUCUCUUAUCUGCGUUUCAUUUUGAGCUCUUUGCCAGCAGAUUGAUCUCCCUCAUAAAAUCAGAGUCCCUGCUUUAAUAGGCUAUAAAGACGGCUGAAGACUAGAAGCUGUUACGCGGGCUGAAAUUAAAUUCUCACAGGUUUUUCUGCCUUUUAUGCACCUCGUGUUUUAAACUAGUGCAGUUAGGCUUUUAUUUAUGUCCGCCUCCAAACCCGGUUAGUCUUGGAUUACAUGUUGCUGGUGCUCCGGUGAGCCACAGGUGUGGGAAACGCUCGUUCACUUCAGCUCUUCCUCGAAAACCUGCAUCACCUUCUUGAGUGAAACAGCUUCUCCUCACUCCAGGCUCUCCGUUCACACAAAAACCGCUUUAAUGGUUUCUGUUUUGACCUUUGUGUUUCUCCACCCCCUCCCACGCCGAGUCUUGUUUUGCAUGCUGCACUGAUGUCGUUCCAUAUUCCUCACCUCCAGGCCAGCCAGUUCAACAUGGAGCAUUUCUCCGGGAUGCACAACUGGUACGCCUGCUCGCACGCCAGACCGACCUUCUGCAACGUCUGCAGGGAGGCUCUGCCAGGGGUCACCUCCCACGGCCUCUCCUGCGAAGGUACACACUCACACACGUGCACAAAAUCGUCCGUUUUUAAGACGCUCUUUUCACUUUUUGUGGUUUCAGUUUCUUAUUUGACUGUUUUUCUCACUUUCCGAUGUGAUAUUUUAACAUUUAAGUGCUCUGCAUGAUCACAAACCUCUGACUCAGACUUAUGUUCCCUGUUCGCCAGCGCUCUCAGCAUUGUAAAGGAAUUCAGAGCAUGUCACAGAGAGUAGAGAUGUAAGUUUAUAGCUCCUUAUCGCAGGGUGAGGCAGGUUACAUCAGACGCCUGACACACUUAUAGGAGACUGAGUAAAACUAUUUCCUAACUUCGCCCUCAAGGUAAAUAACUCAGAAAGACGCAUGAAGAGUUUUUGCCUCAACAGCUUAAUUCAGUCUUGGAGUAACAGAAGAGUUAAACGAUAUUUUCUCUUCUCUUUGCAGUCUGUAAGUUCAAGGCUCAUAAGCGCUGCGCAGUCCGCUCCACCAACAACUGCAAAUGGACCACGCUGGCCUCCAUAGGAAAUGACAUCAUCGAGGACGAGGAAGGGGUGAGAGAUUAGAUAAGAGUUUGUUUUCAUGUGAUAAGAGGUGAAUUUAUCUGGUCGGCUGGUUACCUCAUUGAGUUCAGAUCAUCUAUCAGGACUUUUGUUCAAGAGUUCGGGUCUUUGAUUAAACCUGGUUCAGCUUCACUGUAAUGAGUCUUAACUGGACAGUGAUCGAUGUGAAAUCUGCUGCAUUGAUCAAUAAUUUACACUCUUAUUUUAGCUUGAAUCAGCUCCUCUAGUUUUCUAAUAUUCCAUCUUUGCUUUGUGGUAACGCUCUCCUAAUAUUCAAUCGUCUUUGUAAGAGAAAGCGAAACAUUUACUCGUGGUCGUGAUCUUCAAAUAAAAGCCUCCAAAAAUAUUAAAAGAGGUUUCAUCUUUGAGUGAAAAAUUUUGUAACCUUGCAGAAAAUCAGAAAAAAAAACAAAUAUACUGCUUGAAAGCUUUUAUCUAAGUGUCCUUAAAACCAAAAAAAAACAAAAACAAUAAUGUUGUAAAAUGAUAAAAGUGAGAAUGAAAAAAAUGUAGUUGAUUCUUUUGAUGAUAAAAACAAAACGCCAAAGAUGGUGAAAGUAACAAAAAACAUGAAGAUAGCGCUUAAUUGUCAAAGAUAAUGCUGAAAAUGAUGCUUUAAUGGUGCUGAGAUGGUUUUAAAAAAUGCUCAAAUAAAUUUAGAAACUAAUGUUGAAAAGGAUAAAGUUUAUGUUGAAAAUGAUGAUAUAAUGGUAAAUAUGAUAAAGAUGCUUAAAUGCUAAAGGAAUGCUUAAUAAAAGUGAGGCUUAAAUAGUGAUUAAAAUGAUAAAAGUUAUACAUAAAGUAAUGAUCAAGAUGUUGGGAUAAUGUUUAAAAUAAUGUUUAAGAUAAUGAAGUUCAACUUAAAGACAUUUAGAUAAUGCUUGCAAUGAUAGUUUAGAUUACAACGGUUGUACUUAAAGUAGUGCUUAAGUUAUUAAGAUAAUGUUUAAAUAAUGGUCAAUAUAAUGAAGUUAGACUUAAAAUAACACUAAAGACAUUUAGAUAAUGCUUGAUGGUUUAGAUCAUGAAGAUUAUACUUAAAGUAGUGCUUAAAUUAUAAAGAUUAUGUUUAAGUAAUGGUGAAGAUGAUGAAGUUAAACUUAAAAUAAUGCCUUAGAUAUUAAGAUAAUGCUUAAAAUGAUGAUCACAAUUAAGAGGAAGCUAAUGAAUGUUACUUAACUUAAGCUUUAACUUAAGAUGGUUAUGCUUAAAAUGAUAUUUAAGAUUAUGAGGAUAAUGCCUUAAAUGAUUCUUAAGAUAAUAAGGCUAUUGCUAAAAAAGGUUAAAGAGAAUGAAGGUCAAACUUGAUAAAAGAUAAUGAAGGUUAUGCUUGAAAAAAAUUUGCAUAAAAAGUGGAGGUAAUGCUUAAAAUGCUGCUUAAGAAAAUGAAAGUUAUGCCCAGAAGAUAAUGAAGAUAAUGCUUGAAAUAGAAUUUAAGCUAUAAAUGCUUUAGACAAUUAGAAUAUUGUUUAAAAUAAUGUUUAGAAAAAUGAGGAUAAUGAUUUAUAUUUGGAUGAUAAUGUUGAAAACGUUGAAUAUUAUGCUGAAAAUGCUGAAAAAGAUCCAGUUGAUGUCGAUAAAUGAAGAUGCUGAAUUUGUCAGGAAUCCCGACUAAAACAAAGAAGUGAAAGUUGUCAGAUUGUAGCACUUUGCCUCUGUGUUUGCAUAGAUCAUAGCAUUCAAAUAAACCCCACUCAACUCAUUCAAAUUUACUGAAAGGCUUCGAUGCAAAUGAGUCUGACCUUCAGGCGGUUUACACCUCGUACUCAUUGCACAUUUCCAUUUCCCUCCCAGGUGUUCAUGCCGCACCAGUGGCUGGAGGGCAACCUGCCGGUCAGUGCCAAAUGUGUGGUGUGUGACAAGAACUGCGGGAGCGUACGGCGCCUGCAGGACUGGCGCUGCCUCUGGUGCAAGGCCAUCGUAAGUGGCUGUUGACUGUCCUGUCAGAUCAGGGUUUCGUAUUUAUUCAUCACAUCACUGCCAGUUUUGAGAUGCUUUCACUUUUAGUCCAAAACUGUAAGAAAGAGAUAAAAAACAUACGACAUAAAACAAUCAGACACUUUUAUAUGAACAGUGUGAGGAGUGCCCCUAAAACUUUUUAAUCUUGACUCGCUCUCUUGCACUUUCUAAGACUGGAGGUUUUUAAAAGUUCCCCGGGAGUCAUCAGAGUGAUAGGACGGCACUAAAGGUGGGAGCCGAGAUCUCCAGGGGGAAUAGGGGGGAGGAUGAGGAGGGAGGCAGGUUUAAAUGAGAAAUUUCACAGGGUAGAUGAAUUUCUGUCCGCUGAGUCUGACCUAAUUUCUUGGCUGCCUACAGCAAGACGACUAUUAAUAAUUUUCCUGCGCUGGAGCAUUAACGCCUCUUAGAUUGGCCUGUUGAGUCUGAGUUAAAAUUAAUCCUGGAGGAAAAACUUCUGCAAAUAUGAAACUGAACUUGUGAAAGUUUUAUUGAAUUUACCUGUGAUGCAUUUUAGAAAGUGUUAGUUUUUACAGCUGGAAGUUUAAAUCAGAAAAAGAAACUAGUUUAAUUAGAUUUUUAGAGGUCUAUUUUGGUGCCUUUCAGCCUUUUUCUUUCUUUUUUAACUUAUAACUUUAAAGUUUUACUGCUCUUUUUAGUUUUCAUUGGCAAUUUCAGAUAUGUGUAAUGUACAAACUUUGAGAAAUUUUUUGCAAGUUUAAAAAAGUAAACAGAAAAACUUUCAAAUUAUGUGUAUCCUUCUCAGAAUUAAUGAACUGCUGUUCAGAAAAAGUGCACCUGACCAAACAAGACUUGAUACGAUUAUGUUGAAACAAAAGAUUUCAAACUUUUUCAUAUCAAAUAUAAAAGUUGAAUAGUUUUAAAAAAAUUUAAGUGAGUUUCAGCUUUUUGUUUUAGAUUUUCAGGGGAUCACUUUAACUGCUCUCAUGAGUAUUUUUUUCUUUUUUCAGCUAAAAGCCCCACAAAUCCGUUACCGUAUUCCGCUUUAUAAGGCGUUCCAAAAUGUAAACAAACAAUUUCCUGCCGUUUCGUAUCAUUUAAAGUAAAGUACAGCUAAAUUUAGUGGACCUCCCCUGAAACUAGCAUCGAGAAACAAGCAGCAACACAUACGCAAAUAAAGUAAGAUAAGUAAAGAAAAAGAGUUGAAUCGUUUAUGUUGAGAUGAAAUCGCUGAAAAAAAAUCGUGAUUCAAGCGAGAAAGUCAGGUGUAGAAAAAUUCUCACGCUCAGUGUUGUAGAUGUUGCAGUUCUUGUCUCGCAGCGCUAAAGGCUUUAUUGCUUUUGCGUGUUAAAUGAAACUUAUCUCCUUCACACACACUGAUCCACAGACACACACAGAAGUGAAUCACAGCCACAGUUGUAAAGGUUCAGAACUGACAUUUGGUGGGUUUCAGAGGGAUGUAAUGACCUUUCUGCUUCCACUGAAAUAUAGAAUUGCUAUGGAGACUGACUCUGAGUGUGUAUGUGUACGUGUGUGUGUUGUGUUUGUGUGUGUGUGUGUUUCACAGGUUCACAACAGCUGCAAAGAACAAAUGGGAAAGGUGUGUCCCCUGGGUCACUGCCGAGUGUCCAUCAUUCCUCCCACUGCACUUAACAGCAUCGACUCAGAUGGUGAGACACCCUUUGCUCCUGCACACACACACACACACACACACACACACACACACACACAGAGGCCUUUUGUUUGAAGAAUUACAUCAUCAGAGGAUCAAUGUAAAAAAAUGUUCCCCUUCAUCUCGAACAUUCUAAUCCUCUUUGAUGUUGAUGAUGUGACUUUGGAAUGGGACUUUUCCUCGAAAAAACUUAACCUACUACAGAGUAUUAGGGCCAAAUACAGCAAAAAAAAUGAAGACUACUUCAUUUUAGAGAAUAAAGUCAUAAUAAAAAAUAACUUACGAGAAUAAAGUCAUAAUAAAAUUAUUACUUACGGAAUAGAACUUUUCCUCGUAAAAACCUCUGUAACCCUACUACGUAGUAUUAGGGCCACAUUAUCAAAGAAAAAAUUAAGACUUUGUAAUAAUCAACAAAAAAAAGAGCCGUAAUAAAAAUCAUUUCUUACGCAAAUAAAGUUGUUAUAAAUUUGUUAUGAGAAUAAAAAUGGAAUAAAUAAUAACUUAGGAGAAUAAAGUUGUAAUAAAAUCAUUACUUACGAGAAUAAAAUUGUAACAAAAUUAUUUCUUAUAAGAAAAAAGUCAUAUUAUAAUCAUUACUUAUGAGAAUAAAGUCGUAAUAAUAUCAUUACUUAUGAGAAUUAAGUCAUAACAAAGUCAUUACUUCGGAGAAUAAGGUUGUAAUAAAAUAUUUACUUUUGCAAAUAAACUCAUAAUAAAAUAAUUACUUUAGAUUUUAGUAAUAAAAAAGUCAUUUUUUUUUUUCUUAACGUGGCCCUAAUACUCCAUCAUAGUACACCUGUCUUAAUUUUUUGCGUUAAAAAAAACUUGAGCAUGUUGAAAUCCUGUCCUUCAGGUUUUUGGAAAGCCACCUCAGCGUCCUGCUCCAGUCCCCUCCUGGUCCUCUGCAACUCCAAAAGUGGAGACAACCAGGGAGUCAAGUUCCUCCGCAAGUUCAAGCAGCUUCUCAACCCGGCUCAGGUUUUCGACCUGAUGAACGGAGGACCUGAACUCGGGUACUUUGUUUACAGACUCAUUAUUACGACAUUAUUAUCAGUAAAUGUUUUGACAAAGCAGAAAAGUUAAAGUCCUGAACAGACUGUGUUUAUUUACUGGGAAACGUUGGAUUCGUAGGAGUUUCCACGACUCAUUUGAUGGAAUCACUGAUGCUGCAGUUUUUCUUCAUCUUCAUCGUAACAUUUGGUGCUCAUCUUCUCCUCUGUUUUCUCCUCCUCCUCCCCCUCAGCUUGCGCCUUUUCCAGAAGUUUGUGACGUUUCGUAUCCUGGUGUGCGGCGGGGACGGCAGUGUGGGCUGGGUGCUCUCAGAGCUGGAUAAACUCAACCUCCAUAAACAGGUGAGCUGGAGGACGAAGAAGAAGAGGAGGAAGAGGAGGAGGAGGAUUUAACAGUGAAUUAUUGCUUAUUUUCAAAACUUUGAAAUAGAAAAACUGCCUCUUAGAAACGACAGAGGAGCAGAACUUUGAACUUCUUCAGGUUAGAAAUCUUUUAGCUGCAGUUCCAUCCAGAUUUGGCAGGAACGUUUCUGGAGGAUGUUUGCCAAAUCUAUUUUGAUCGCUGAAACGUCCGAUUAAAUUAGCACAUAACUGAGACUCCAGGGAUUGGUUAUAAAUAAGAGUUUUACCUUCUUGUCUCACCCCUCCUGAUGCGUGAGAAAACCAAUGAUUGGUGCCAGCUGAGGUGAAGCAGAAACUCUUUGAUUGGUUGAAGUCGAUGGUUUUACACUUUUGGCCUUUAGAAAAAUGCUAUUGACAGUUGGCAAAUAACAGAAGCAGAUAAAGACGAAGCUGCUAAAUGGAAAUUACCUCUGAUACACUUCUUAUUCUAACCAAUAGAUCAAUUUCACGGCUUUAAUCCAAAUUAAUUAAAAUUAGCAUGGUUCUAAUUUCAAUCGAGUGUUUAAUCUGGAGAGGUAAAACUGUUGCAAAUCAUUUCUGGUAAAUUCAGGUCAUGCUAGAGUGUACGGUUCAAACAGCUUCAGAAUCAGCAGAUGUGAUGUUUCCAACAUUUAUAAUAUCAUCCCCAUUUUACAGGCAAAUAAGAAGAAAUCUUUUUUUAUUUUCAAGGUGUUCAAGUUUAUAUUCAGAUUUGUUCAGAAAUAUGAUUCAUCUCUAACUGCGUUCAAUAGAAAACUGGAUGUUAUCAGUUCGUUCGCAGAUGAUGUACUGGUAUAUUUUUGCAUUUUCUGUCCCUGAAAAGUGUUUUUUUUUCACUCUGUCUGCAGUGCCAGCUGGGUGUGCUGCCUCUGGGUACAGGUAACGAUCUGGCUCGUGUCCUCGGCUGGGGAGGCCUCUGUGAUGAUGACGCUCAGCUGCUGCAGAUCCUCGAAAAACUGGAGAGAGCCACCACCAAAAUGCUGGACCGGUAAGGAGCUGAGAAUCGAUAAAGGAAGGAAGAUUUCUAGUGUGACCGUUAAUCACAGGAACCGCUGGAUGCCUUUGGAAUUACGUUAUCUUCCGUGUUAUUGCCUAGAGUGACAAGAGAGAGAUAUGUCCACUUUAAUGUUCUGUGUUUUUAUGAAAGUUAAGAUGUAAAUGGAGGCAAAUUAUUACAAUUUUUAAAAUUUUUUUGUAACUGUCAAUUGAUUCAGUGUUAAAGUGUGAACACAGAAUUAGCCUUUUUGGAUGAUAAGGUUGAUGAAAGAGUUGUGUCAAGUCUUUGCGGAGCUAAGCUAACUUCCUGCUUGAAUUUUUCACGAAAUUAGCUAACGUAAAUAUCCUUCAAAAUUCCAAAUUUAAAAUUUCGGCUUUCUAAGUAUCAAAUGGGCAAGAUUCAACUUCGAUUGGAGUAAGAGCUGUUGGUGGAUAGAUUUUGUAAUCUUUCACAUAGCCGAGCUAGCUUUUUUCACCCAUUUCUUGCCUAUGCUAAGCUAAGCAGCUACCGCAUUAGUAACGUCUUCAGCCAACAUACAGGAUUUUUUUAUGUAACUUUUUAUAACUCUUAAGGUCCUUACACACCGGGAACGACGCAAAUAUACGACGUAAAAUCACAAAAUCAAAAUGCGAAACUUUUGAAAAUUCGACUAUGAUAAGAAAAAAAAAAGCCGCAAUAUCGCAGGAUGGGAAAACGUCGCUGAUGUGAACGCUUGUAUUGACAGGAUACGGGUUCGAAAAAAAAUAUUGACAUCCGAAAUAAUCGCUCCCGGUGUGUAAGGACCUUUUUUGUCUAAGAAUUUUGCAGUUUCCCCCCAUUUUUAAAUUUUUGCUAAGCUAUGCUAACCAGCUUCGGGCUUUUGGCUAUUUAUCUUUUCCUGACUCUGCUGUUUCUGGUCGUUUAUUUAUCAAUUAAUAACCUUGUGAAUGUUAUCACUCUGUUUACUUGCUGUUGCAGAUUUUCAAAGUCUGUCUUUGAAUAAUUUCUGUCCUUAGUUUGAUCUUCUGACAGUUUUUUUUUGUAGAUAUCCUGUUCUUAUCAGCCGAUCAAUCACAGAGUAGAAAAAGGAAACCAUUACUAUUGAUUCCCUGCUUCCUCCUGUCUUGAUCUGAUAACCUGAUUUGUAAAAAAAGUUCAUUUCCUGAUGUUGUGCGCGUGUCUGUGCGUCAUUAGAUGGAGUGUGAUGACUUACGAGGUGCCCACCAGCGCUAAACGCACGCCGAUCGUGAAAGAAGACGACAGCCUCGAUUCUCCUCUGCAGGUAAAUGACUCUGCGGGAACUUUGAGAGAAAACACCUGCUUGUCGGCAGAUGGUUUCCAUAAAUUAGCCCCACGAAGCCAGACCUUGUGUGCCGGAGAAAUGGUUCUGAAAACAUGCUCGGAGGAGGAUUACGCCUGGCAGCUGGAAGCCAAAACAAUCAGACUCACGCCAGAGGGGAACGUGAAGACUUUGAUUGAAAUCUUAGAAAGCUCUUAACUCAUAGAUGGAGGUUAAAGGGCAUCCUUUAUUUCGCUCUGUGACCAUAUUCUCCUCGUGUGUUUUUCUCAAAGGUGUGGUCGUAUUUUUCCAGACUUAAAGCCACACAUUCGUCAUUUCUCUGUUAGUUUAAAUGCUAAUACAACCAAACUGAAGGGAUACUUUAUGAGUGACAGUGGCUUAAAACUAUGACGGCUACUCCUGUUGAGUGUUUUAGGAAGUUUUUGUGGAAAGCUCUCUGUAAAUAUGUACAUUUAGGUGUGGUGUUGACACAAAGUCUUAAGAAGCAAACUCGUGAUCCUCAGGUGAUAUUUUGAGAUGCCCGAUGUUUGAAGAGGAAUCACCUGAAGGUUUUAUGUUAUUGUAGUUUUCUAAAGUUUGUAAAGUUAUAAUGUUGGACGUCAGAAUUAUUCAUGAGCAGAGUCUCAGAUUACAAGAUGAAUGUGUGUUGAAGUGAUCCCCAAAUAGGACGACAGGGUGCUCCGGAUGGUUUCUCCUAAAAGUCACACGGGAAUUCAGUGAGAUCAGGAUGAGAUUUGAUCAAACUGUGACAUCACCAGACAGUAGAAGGGAAAAUUUGUCAGUGUGUUUAAAGAAAUGUAACUUUGUUGAAAGAGGAUUCCGGAAUGUUGGGUUUUGGAAUGCCGGGGAGGGCCUAAAAGGCAUGGUUGACAAUCUGAGAAGCAGUUGGAAAAAACAGAGCCGUUGAGACAGAUUUGAAAAAAGCGUCCCACCCCCCCCUCACAAACCUCUCCCCACUGUGCUCCCCGAUAACUCCCCUAUGAACCUGUCUCGCCCUCCCCACGACACACCCCCUCUGGCAAAGCAAGAAGCCGGCCGGCAGAAGAUCCUACGCUAGCUUCUAAUAGGAUUCACCAUGUCGGAUUGCUUGUGACAGUAAACGCCAGCUCUGCUAGCGAGCGUCGUCUGCAGCUGCCUGGACAGCUACCUUGUCGACAUUGCAGAGACUAAUAAGAGUAACGUGUGUCUCAACGUCUGUCUCAACGUCUGUUUUCAGGCAGAGCUUUUCCUCACCGAUGUUUACUCGAGUUAGAUUCCUCGCUUAGUCACAAUUCAUCCUCGUCUCCGCCCUUUCUUCUGUCGGCUUGCGUUUUCUUCCCACUUUUGGCGGUGGGGCAAGCAGAAGUGGGUUUUUUUUGCGUCCUUCUCCAUUGGAACUACAGGAGAGGGGUGUGUCGAAUACAGCGAGGUGAUUGAAUUGAGAGGCGGAGCAUGAGAUUGACCAAUGGGAGCUGUCCGGGACGGAUGGCUCCUAUUGGUCAAUGUGUUAGCAGCCCUGCAUCUGCUGGAGUGAACAUAUUUUUUCUGUUUUUUUCUCUUCACUUUGUGGUGAUCGCACUAUCGGACCAUGAUCGCCAUAGAAACGAGGUUCAUAAUAAAUUACCAAUCUCUCCAAUCGUCAACCAUGCCUUUAAAGGGACAGUGGCUCAGAACAGCUGUGAUUGUUUUGCACACAUCCUCUAUUCUUGUAGAAAUCAUCACUGUACUCGUAGCUGAGGUCAUGAGUGCGAUGUGAUGGUCAUGUUACGAUGAAAGCGCCCUCUGCUGGUUCAAACAGCCAUGAAAGUGAUUUUUCUUUCGUGAGGAUUUGCUGCUGCAGCCUUUGACUUUCCAACUCUGUCUCAUCUCCCCUCUCAGGUCCACAUCACUCAGUAUGCAGACUCCGUGGCCUCCCAUCUCGCCAAGAUCCUGGACUCGGACAAGCACAGUGAUGUCAUUUCUUCCGCCAAGUACGUCUCACGAGCGCCUUCAGAAAAAAAAAAAACAAUCAAAGUUUUUAAGUCGGGGGGGAAAGAUGGCGGGAGAGGAAAGAGGAGAGGGAGAGGAGUGAGAGUCCAGUCAAUGCUUAUUGAUCCUCUUCCUUUGGUUUCAUCCCUGAGGACGCCAACUAUCUCACACACAGACACACACACACACACACACACACACACACACACACACACACACACACACUCAGCAGAAAGGACAUUAAGUGGUGUUCGCCUGUAAGUGAAGCAGACGGAUAGAUCAGUAUUUAGGGCUUGUCCUCACUGCGUUACUCCAUUAGUCGUCUCCCUUUGGGGAGAGUGAGACGGCCAUUACCGAGCACUUUUACCCUCCGCCUGUGUGUGUGUGUGAGUGUGUGUGAGUGCGUGUGAGUGUGUGUUUCACGCUGCUGCUGAUUGUAACAGAUGCCCUGGGGUAUUUUGUGGAACACUGCAUGAACUUUAGGACACAUUUAAAGCCCACCCUCCUGGAAACACGACACAGGGAGUGGGCUGUAUCAGGUUUUCAAGAGGCCGGCUAUGACGACUCUUUAUCAGUAUUUAAAAUAAUGUUAAAAUCCCUUACAGUGUCUUUAAAAGUGGACUUUGAUUAAUCCGUUUGAGUGAAAUGAGCGUCCUCACAUGAUCUAAUGGUCACAGUUCAAUAAUGAGGAUGUAAGCAUUUCAAAAUAAAAGCAGGACGAUGUUGUGAGUGUGCAGAAUCCUCCCUGCUGAGUCAGACAGCAGCAGAGUAAACAGAGUGUGUGUGUGGAGAACAGGUGUAGGCGAAUUCACCUGCUCAUAGUAGCGUUCGUCACGUUAACCCUCACCCCUUCAUCCUCCCCUCUCCGUCAGGUUCCUGUGUGGGACGGUGAACGAUUUCGUGGCGGAGGUGGGGAAGGCGUACGAGAGAGCCACGGAGAACAAGGAGGAGGCCGACGCCAUGGCCAAGAAGGUAAAGGCUUGUGUUUAGCGCGCGUGUGUGUGUGUGUGUGUGUGUGAUGUGUGUUUAUUAUAUAAGUGCUUGUGUAACAGUCAGAAGUGGGCCGUGUAGGUGUGUGUGUGUGUGUGUGUGUGUUUGGAGGUUUCAGAGUCAUCACUCCCUCUGCUACUUCACAUUUUUCAGCUGAAACAAUGUCAAAGAGGCACUUCUGCUGCAAUGUUUCCACUUUUUAUCCUCCAAUUCUUCAGCGUUUCAGAGGAACAUUCACUCAGAGCGAAACCGAACCCUUUUUUUUUUCAGCACAUAUUUUUACUGAGACUGAAACGGAUUUGUUCGUUAGUUAAUCGGCAGGAAAUUAAACCUCAUUCUAACAGCAAAAUAUCAAAGUUGAUUUAGUUUUUCUGGUUUCCUGCAUUGCAAAAAUUUUGUGUUUUUGUCUUUUUUGUUGUCAGAAAUGUCUCAUAAGUAGGACCUGAUCGAUAUGGAUUUUAUGGGGCUGAUACCCAUUAUUAGGGGGGAAAAAAAUCUGAUUACCAAUUAAUUGGCCAAUUUUUAAAAUUUUUUUAUGAAGUUUAAUUUUUUUUAAUUGAAGUAAUAUAUCUACAUAUUUACUUUUUUUUUAACAAAUGGCCUUUCAAACACUUCUUCACUCUGCUGUGCUGUGAGGUAGUUAGUGGAUUCUCAUGAGGUCGCUGCGCCAUCUACAGGAUAAGUCGGGGAACUUUUCAAAUGCGGAACAUUUUUGAAGUGGAACCGAAUCUUAUUCUCCACAUUUUAUCUCUGAAAAUAUUGGGGAAAAUCUGCGAGUUUUGUCCAACUACAGAUUAGUCUCAAACGAGCUAAAAUUGGCAGAUUCAGUCGAGUAGCAGCUGCCAGUAAGCUAGCUGUAGCAGCCCUCUGAAAGAUGGUCGUUUUUAAUUUUUAGUGCAUUUGUUGUGUUAAGAAAUUCAACAUUUACAUAUACUUUGAAUAUGAAGGUGUAAAGAAAGGCUACAAUCGUCUGAAAUCAAAGCAUGACCCAAUAAAUUUAUCUUUUCCACGAAUAAAUCAAGAAUCAUCUUAAUUGCUAAGAUAUUUAUGUGUAUUUGAACAUAUUGUGCUUAGAUUUGUUCAAUUAUACAUGUUUUUUCAACUUAAAUAUCUACUCUGUAUUUUUCAGUUUGAUAAAAUACAGAAAUCCAGAAAUCUAAUUUCUGCAUAGUCAAGUAAUGCCACGUCGACUUUCCAGUUUAUAUCAGUAUUAAAAGUUAAAGUUAUAUUUUUUCGUAGUAUUUCAUGUAGUGAACCUUAAUUUGAGACACAGUUUAUACACGGCUGGUGCAACAGGCCAAAAGACAGCAGACUGUCAAAAUAAAAGCCCCAAAAACAAUGGUUUUAUGAGGCAGUUUCUGUUUAAGGUUUGAUUAAACAGAUGAAAGAAAGUGAGUUGUGUUUAUCAGCAAAUCUCAUAAAUUCACAUGUUGUUCAGUAUCAGUUUCAUAACCAGCUGAAAACUCCCUACAGGAGCUUUAAAAAGGUUGUUGAAGAUGUUUCCUAAAGGAGUAUUUUUGUUUUUUUCUCAGCAGGCAGAGGCUCCCUGAGCUUUGACCAAACCUGUACUUACAGUCAGAGCUUUUUAAAACUCCGUCAGCUUAUCUGUAUUUUUCCACAGACAGUAAUGUGAAGCUGAAGUGGCGCCUGGAGGGAAAUUCUUUCGAUUGCUUUAACAAUAAAUAAAAGCUCUCUGUGCUCUGUAAAGGUAUUGAUUUCAUGCUGGUAACUGCAGCUACAUAUAUGCGCAUUAAGAAAUCUGGGUCGUCACUCUGGUUUGCCAUUUCUCCACCUUACACUCAUUUUUAUAUAACUCUAUCUCUUCUGAUGUCUCUCCCCAGUGUGCUCUGCUGAAUGAGAAACUCGACUCCCUCGUCAAGGCCUUAAGUGAGGAAGCAGAAGCUCAGGUAGAAGUACGCACACUCACCAGUUAUUCUUCCCCCACAGAAAAGACACAGAGAGAGUGUGAAAAACGCAUUUCAGCUCACGUCAAAAUACAGUUUCAUGAAGUAUCAAUAAUGAUUAUAAUAAUAUUUAUAAUUUAUUAUUAUAAUUAUUAAUUAUAAAAUUAAUAAUGCUAAUGUUUAAACAAUAUUGAUAAUGAUGAUGAUGAAAAUUAAUAAAAUAAAAAUAAUGGUAAUAGUAAUAAUAAAGUAAAAAUAAUAAUACUAAUAACAACAGCAACAACAAUAAUAAUAGUAAUAAAAAUAAGGAUAAUACAACUUUAAUACUAAUUAUAGUAAUGAUAAAAAUAAUAAUAUAAUAAUAAAUGAUUAAUAAUGAUGAAGUUAAUAAUAAUGAUAAAAAUUAAUAAUAAUAAAAAAUAAUAAUACUAAUGAUAAUGAGUGAUUAAACAAUAUUAUAUUGUAUAUAUAAGUUAAAAUAAUUUUGACAACACUAAAGAUGAUGAUGAUAAUAAUUAUGAUCAAACAAUGAUAAUGAUAUUUUACUGAACAUGAUAAUAAAAUUUGUAAUAAUAAUAAUAACAAAAUAAUGGUGAUGAUGAUGAAAAUUAAUUUAAAAAUAAUAACGGUAAUAGUGAUAAUAAAAUAAAAACAAUAAUGCUACUAACAACAACAACAACUUUAAUAAUAAUAAAAAUAAAUAAUAAAAAUACAACUUAAAUAAUAAUAUUAGUAAUUAUAAUAAUAUAAAACGAUUAAUAAUGACAAUGUUAAUAAUAAUGAUUAAAAAAUGAUAAUAAUCAAGAUAAUAAUCAUCAAAAAUUGAUUAUAAUGAUGAUAAUGAUUAAAAAAACAAUAUUAAUAUUGAAUUAAAAAUUAUUUUGAUUACAGUAAUGAUGAUGAUGAGGAUGAUGAUAAUAAUUAUAAUCAAACAAUGAUAAUGAAAUUUAAUCAUAAUUAUGAUAAUAAAAAUAGUAAUAAUAACAAUGAAUUAAUGAUGAUGUUAAAAAUGUUAAAAUAAUGCAAAUAAUCUUACAACAUAAGAGAUUCAUGAAUUACAAAAAUAGAUAACAAGAUAAACUUAUGACAUAAAUGAGAAAGAAAUAAAAGUUAAAUAAAAAUGUUUACACAGAAAUAAACCAACAUAAAAUUAGAGGAAAAUACUAAAAACACACGGAAAAGUGAAAGAAAUUCAAAAUAACCCACAGAUUAAAAAAAGUUGAAAACACACAGGCUGACUGGCACAUUAAACUAAUUAAAAAGGAGCUGCUCUGGCCGGGUUAUGAUUUCCCUCCCCUCUCCGCCUCUCUUUAGUCCGGCCUCCUGCUGUGGUUGUUGUUGUUCACAGAGUUUCACAUUAAAACCGGUGAAUUAUAAGACGGACUCUGAAGUUACAAAGUCAGCUUUAAGCUCUCCAAGGCUGAAGGCAGAAUAACACAUUAUAUUUCUGAGUUACCAAAGCGUUGUUUGCUCUGUGAGGAUAAAAGUCAUCCGAGUUUCUAAAUCCCCCCUGACUCAACCUGAUCCUCCACGGAGCUAACAGAGAAAACUGUGUUUUUCAAACAUCUUAACUUUCCCUGCAGGAGCUCAAACACAAAACAGCUCACAGCUUUUUGUUUUCCUGUUUCCUUUGACUCAAAUUGAUCUCUGUGCCUCAUAACACCUGCAGGAAUCUGCUCUCUGCUCCACAAAAGGCAAAAAGCUGCGAAUUUUAGCUUUGUGUGAAAUAUCUAUUUAUAUUUAAACUUAAAAAAACGGAUAAAACCUCCUUUUCCUCUUUUCUGCACAUCAAUGAAAAUGAACCACUGCCUCCUGCUGCCAGAACAAGAGAUGUUCCUCCACUUAGAGUCCUCACAGAGCAGUAAAAGUAAACAUUUCUGAAUGAGGGGACAUUUUCUGCUUUGGUGAUAAUGUUUAAAGACUGCAGGGUUCCCUCUGCUCUUAAAAUCAAAUCAAACUCCGAGGGGAGCUAAAACGGAGAGAGAGCGCUCCUAACAAGAGGAGAACAGCCGUAAUUUUACUGGUUAUUUUUCCCUCUUUCGCUCACAUCAGGUGGUGCCAGCGGGGUCAGUGCGCAGCCAGGAGAGUGGCGGCUCCAGCCCCGGGGAAAGUGGCGGCGAAUCGGGUUCAGAGGGUAAAACGUACCGGUCCAAGGAGCAGCUGAUGCUCAGGGCGAACAGCCUGAAGAAAGCCCUGCGGCAGAUUAUCGAACAGGCUGAAAAAGGUACGAGAAAGACCCCUCCGAUCACGAUCUUAUUGUAUUCACCGCAGUCCUUUCUGUCCUCCGUCUCUUGGUGCUUAUUUGUCUCUUUUGUCAUCUUUUCAGUGGUGGACGAGCAGAACCGGCACACGCAGGUCCAGAGGAUGUCGUCCUCGUCCUCCAUCAAAAGAGAAAACAGCGAGGAGCUGAAGGAUGCUGAGCCGCGUAAGUGUCUCUUUAGUUUGACCCGAAAGUGCAGGGACGUCUUCGAAAAGGCUUUUUGUACAUUGAAGCAAAAAAACAUCAGAAUUUUAGGAACUCAAAACUACACAGCUGUCUAACUUUGACGACUUCUCUCCUGCUUCGUAAAGGAAAUUAUUCAGAAGUCUUUUUUGUCGCUUGAUUCAGCAGUUGUGUGUUUUUUCAGGUCAAGGAAGUCUAAGUCCCACCUCUCCCAUCGUCCUCGAGAAACCAGAGAGCCUCAACACCGUCACCUUCAGCGAGGACUCUGUGUAAGCUCAUCUGAGUCUCACAGCUGAAUUUUCAUCUUCUAUUAAUAAUCUAGAUUGUCUUAAUUAACAUUUACAUCCUCUCUGUUCUCUGCAGACAAUGUUCAGAAAAGUGCGUCAUGAACAACUACUUUGGUAUCGGCCUCGACGCCAAGAUUUCCCUCGAGUUCAACAACAAGAGAGACGAGCACCCCAAAAAAUGCAGGUAAGAACUCGCCCACCUGGACCAGACCAAGUCGAGUCUCAAGUCUUUGCUCUCAAGUCUCAAGUCAAGUCCAAGUCCACAAACUACCUUCUUUUGAGUGUAUCCUCAGGGUUUGUUUUCUUUUUGAUAAUAAUAUCAAAGAGACAGUUAUUUUGUUUUAUUUGAACAAAUGUUAUACAUGUAAAGAAGGGAAUCAUCUGCAUAGAAAAGAAAGCAGUUAAUAAUUCUGAAAACCUUUCAAGGUUCACAACUCCCUGCAACUUACACUUCAUCAACAGAGCAGUAAAGAAGGAUAGCCAUACACAAACAUACAUAUUUGUAAAUAUACAAUACAUAAAUCAAGGUCAGGCACAUAAAGAAGUGUAUCAUCUGCAAAUGAAGGAAGUUGAUCAACUUAAUUAAACUCUAUUAAAGAUUGACACAACUAGUAAUGCCUGAUUUUAAAAGAGAUUUAUAGUUGUGGAUAUUCAGACAAUAAAUGUGAAAAAAUAACCUCUGAAUUAGGAGUAAAAAGUCAACAACGCUCAAUUUCAAACAAAUUUUAUAGACUUUUUUUAAUGUCUUUUUACUUUCAGUUAAACGUGCAAAAAAUUUAGAUGAGGACAUUGAUUAAAAUGCAGUUUAAAUAAAGGUCAAACAAAUACAGAAGAUCAUCUGCAUAUAAAGAAAGUCAACCACUAAAUCAGUCAUUGUUCAAAAGAUCAAGACUGCUAGUAACUGGAGAUCAUAAAGGAGAGUUUUUAGGUGCGACAACAAAUGUCUAAAAUUUACCUUAAAUCUGUAAAAGUUUCACACCCACAUAUUUUAAGUUUUUAUGUGUGGAAAAAAAACUGGAAAUAUUCUAAAAUAUAAAACUUGAAGUUGGCCUUGUAAAGUUGUGGGGAGAAUUUUUAUUUCACUUUAGAAUUUACUGUUUGAUUAUUAGAAACAAAUUUUUCCCUCGACAUGCUUAAAAUUUAAGUCCUGACAAAUCAAGGAUUUUAUCGUCUGCAUAUAAAGAAAGUCCGGUCAAAACUUCUUCCAGAGUUUGAGACUUUGAGUCGAUCCUGAUCUUACUGAGGUCCACCAACUUUAAUCAUUUCUCCGUUUUGCUGUCUCCUGCAGUAGUCGCACCAAAAACAUGAUGUGGUACGGCGUCCUGGGGACUAAAGAGCUGGUCCAGAAGACGUACAAGAACCUGGAGCAGCGAGUUCAGUUGGAGGUCAGACACACGCCCACAGACACAGAUCCACGCUCACUCCUCUUUAAAAACCAGAAACCUUCUGAGAGCCAAAAUGCUGUGAGCUGUUUCCCUCCUACAUCCUGAGUUUUUCUGCUUUUUAAAUCCUCUCUCUCUCUCUCUCUCUCUCUCUCUCUCUUUCUCUCUCUCUCCAGUGUGACGGCGUUCCCAUGUCUCUGCCGAGUCUGCAGGGCUUGGCUGUGCUCAACAUCCCCAGCUAUGCAGGCGGUAUCAACUUCUGGGGAGGCACUAAGGAGGAUAAUGUGAGUGUCGUCAGUUCAGUCACAGGUUUUUUCUUUGAUGUAAAACCUGCUCAGACUAAUUAAACAGCAGCGCCGCUUAUUUAGAGCGGACUGAUCCCCACAGUGAAAGUUAAUCGUUUUCUCUGAUGUUCAGAACUUUGGCGCUCCGUCUUUCGACGAUAAGAAGCUGGAGGUGGUGGCGGUGUUCGGCAGCAUGCAGAUGGCCAUGUCCAGGGUCAUUAACCUGCAGCACCAUCGCAUCGCACAGGUAGAACACAUCCUUUAACUUUAGCUCCACAGCUACAGGUUUAAAGGAAUAUUCCAACGUAAAAUUAAGUUAGGUUUCUCAAGUUAUACGAACUUUAGUAACGACCGCACGAUAGCAAUACACAGCGGUGGAAGGAGCCAUAAACAAACCUCAACCAAAACACCACUCUAUAGCCACAAAUAAUGAUCAGAACAGCACCUAACUUCAUCAACAGGACAUGUAGGGUCACAGACAUAGUACUAGACACCAAACAUCUUUUUAACUUUGACUGAUUUCUCACCUACUCUUCUGAUUUCUUUAACAAAGAGACUAAACGAACUGGGGGCGACAGAGCCUUCUCCAUUGUUGCCCCCUACCUCUCGAAUUCACUCCCCAAACCCAUCCGAGACUGUUCUGACCCCCACACUUUUAAAUCACUCUUAAUAACACACCUUUUAAAUUGGCUUUUAACCUUUUAUGAACUGUUCUUUUAUUUUAUUUUCAUAUUGUCUUUAACCUUUUACAUCAUUGGUUUUAUUUCUCAAAAUUUUCUGUAGUUUAAAUUGUGUUUUUUCAUUUUAUUUUCUUCUUUUUCUUUGUAAGGCGUCUUUGAGCACCUGUAAAAGCGCAUUAUGAAUAAAAUUUAUAACAACAAUAAUAAUAAUAAUAAUAAUAAUGAUACUAAUUAUUAUUAUCAUUAUUAUUGUUAUAAACACAAGUCACCUCCUCUCCUCCAGCAGCCGCUUGUUUGUAGCGAGACCUCAGGCCAGUCCAUUACGGACUACAGCGGGGUGUCACAGCUCAAGGAAGAACAUUUAUGACCAUUACUUAAUCAUUUCCUUUAAGUAAUAAUCACCAUAUUAAUCAUUUUUCACUGCAGACGCGGUAGUUCUUCUGCCUUAGUGUCUCGGUCUGAUUGUAUUUCCAUGAAGAAACUAUCAUAAAUGUUCUUCCUUGAGCUGCGAAACUCCGCUGUAGUCCAUAAUGGACUGGCCUGAAGUCUCAUUACAAACAAGCGGCUGCUGGAAGAGAGUAGGUGAAUUGUAUUUUGUUUCUUUUCCAAAGAAAUCAGGCAAAGUUAAAAAGAUGUUUGGUGGCUAGUACCAUGGCUACUAUGGUUUGACCCUAAAUUAAUUUUACGCCGGAAUAUCCCUUUAAAUUCCACUCACAUGUUAAACCCUUUAGAUCCAACUCUGUGCCACAUUGUCAACAGGAAGCGAUAACUUCUUAAACUUGAUGAAUUCCUGUUGUGAGUUUUAAAAGAUUGUUUAGAAAUCUGGAUAAUAAGAUGUAAUCAAACUAAAGGAGCUGAUGGUGUUUGUUGGACUUUAAAAGGUCCAGGUUUUACAGAAUCUGAGGAGAUGUCAAAAACCAGAGAACAGACGAGGUCAAGCAAAAAUAACCGGCGAAAGAAAAAAACAAAAAGCCGACCGCGCACAGAGGGGAAAAGAACGAGGAGUCUCAUCUGACAGCUGCUGUUUUCUGCUCUGUUGCGUCUCAGUGUCGACAGGUGAAGAUCACCAUCCUCGGGGAGGAGGGCGUUCCUGUGCAGGUGGACGGAGAGGCCUGGAUCCAGCCGCCCGGCAUCGUCAAGAUCGUCCACAAGAACCGCGCGCAGAUGCUCACCAGAGACAGAGUAAAUGUUUAAACAUUCAAAUUAAACUUUCACACACAGCUUUGAUAGAAACCUGAACAUUUGGAUUCAAGAAUCCUCCCUGACGUUCAGUUUCCUGCUCAGAGUCCGUCCUCAGCCCCCCGUCUUAGCCACCUGCCCUCGUUGUUGACUCUUUCUAUUUCAGGAUUUCUUAAAUCAAAUUCAGAGCCGCUGUGUUUGUUCUCUCUUUACGCUGCUCAAACCUCUGAGAGCUCUCCUCAGACCAGCACUUUGGGCCGUUUGUUUCCAUGGUUUCCAUCCGUGGAGUCUCUUUGUCCUCCUGAAAGUGGCUUUUAUUCAAUCAAACCGUGAAGCAUCAGGUUUAGGCGAAAUCGUUAGAUUUGAAUGCGGUUAAAACCGUCCAGACGUGAAGGGUUAGAAAAAAAGAGGAUCAUGUAUUUUCUUUUUUUUCCUGCCAGGCGUUCGAGAGCACGCUGAAGUCAUGGGAGGACAAGAGGAAGAUCGACAGCUACCGCGCCUCCAGACCCCGACUCAACUCCCAGCAGUCCAUGGAGUACCUGACGGAGGAGGAGUGCGCUCAGGUCCAGCAGCUGGGACUGGUGGCCGACACUCUCAUCAAUAAGUAAGAAGCACUUAGUGUUUAAUGUUUCAGUACCUCUGAUUCUGGAUUCAGGCUGCUGCUCCACUUUUAUGAGGCCAGGCACAGAGUGUGGGAGUUACUUUUUACACAGCUGUGGAGUCGUGAAAAUAUCCGAGGCAGGUUGUUCGUGCCCUCUUCUCUUUCUGGUUUCAGCCUUCAUUAGAGGAACAUAUUUACUGUUUUCUUUAUAUUUGGGGGAAAAAAACAGACAGAAGAAACUUUCUGAAACAAAAUAAAUAAAAGACGUGUCCUUCAAAGAGCUGCCAGGUUUCGUCGUCUUUUAGCAUCGGCGUAAUCCGGAGGUACGACCACAUCAGAAUCAGAAUCAGAAAUACUUUAAUAAUUCCCAAGGGAGAUAGUAACAGUAAUCUAAUGCAAAUACAAUAAAAGAAAAAAUAGAGAUAAUAUAGAAGUAUUUACACUAUAAACAACACAAGUAGUGACAUCAUUUGCGUAUAAAACAGUAAACAGAGUCCAGGUAAAGACGAGUGACUGAGGGUGUCAGAGUCUCUGAGGGAGUAGGUCGGUAGGUUUUAUUGUUCCCGUGAGGAAAUUCUUUUGCAGUAACUUACAGACCUGAUGUCAGGUGUAUGGAAUUACCUGGAAGACAAAUCCAGGGAUCGCUCCGCCAUCCGUGUAACUCAUGAUAUGAAAGUAUGCUAAGGUUUUGUGAGGACUUUAAAACAACUCGAGGUUUUUCAAAGUGAGAAACUUUCACUGACGAGCUCGAUAAUAAAAGACCUCAGACCUCAGUCCAUUACGGACUACAGCGGGGUUUCGCAGCUCAAGGAAGAACAUUUAUGAUAAUUUCUUCAUGGAGAUGCAAUCAGACCGAGACACAAAGACAGAAGAACUACCACGUCUGCAGUGCAAAAUGAUUAAUAUGGUGAUUAUUACUUCAAGGUAAAGAUGAAGAAAUGAUCAAAAAUGUUCUUCCUUGAGCUGCGAAACCCCGCUGUAGUCCGUAAUGGACUGGCCCGUGGUCUCUCUACGAAGAAGCGGCUGCUGGAAGUAUUGUUCAAGUAUACCCUGAUACCAGGUGUUUGGAUAUACCUGGAAAACAAAUCCAGGGAUCACUCCGCCAUCCGUGUGACUCAUGAUAUGAUAGUUUGUCGAGGUUUUGUGUGACUUUAAAACAUCUUGAGGUUUUUCAAAGUGGGAAAACUUUUCACUGAAAAGCUCGAUAAUCAAAGUUUGUUUUAUGGAGUAAGAAGUCGAGGAGGACGGCUUUUUAGUUUUUCUUAUAAAAGUGUUUCAUGUGCCAGAAAAUGAGUCGGACAUGACUCAUUUGUUUUGUUCUGUCGGGACGUCAUCCUGUAUUUGUUCAGAGUUUGAGCAGAAAACGAAGAGAAAUGAAGCCUUUGGUGUCGAUUCGAAGGUUUACCUAACUGCGUCUUUCUUACUCUGCGCUCUUGUUGAAAUGUUUGAGUCCUAUUAGCUCGUCUGAAUUAUGAUUACAGCUUUUCUGAGUCUCUGAUUCCUCCCUCCUCCACUUCCUCCUCCUCCUCUUCCUCCUCCACAGGAUCCGAGAGGCAGCCAAGACCCACAAGCUGGUGGAGCAGGAGCUGGCUCACGCCGUCAACGCCACCGCCCUGGUGCUCUCCGAGGCCAAACUGUCCAGCCCCGAGGUGAGACUGCGGGGGAGUAAAGGGGGGACAGACGGACACACAUAUGGUCGUUUGAUUUAAGGAAACGUUUUCACUUUAAUUACAUCGAUGUUUAUACUUUAAAUUCACAUAAAGAUAAAAAAACAGGCGUGAUUAUCAGACUGAGACCAGCUGAGUUUAAACCUCACAGUUUGGACUCAAGUCUGGACUUUAAGGUUUCACACUCAAACAAAUCUUUCUAAAAAGAACAAAAAGGUUUUUGACAAAUUAUCCUGAAAGUUUGAGUUAUAGGAAAAUCUGAUCUCAAAGUUUAAAGGGAUAUUGCGGCGUAAAAUUAAUUUAGGGUCAAACACACCGUAACACUGAUAAAGGGUCACAGUCUUAGUACUAGCCACCAAACAUCAUUUUAACUUUGCCUGAUUUCUUUAGCAAAGAGACUAAACACAACUCACUUACUCUCUUCCAGCAGCCGCUUGUUUGUAGCGUGACCUCAGGCCAGUCCAUUACGGAUCACAGCGGGGUGACACAGCUCAAGGAAGAACAUUUCUGAUAAUUUCUUCAUGGAAAUACAAUCAGGCCGAGACGCUAAGACAGAAGAACUACCGCGUCUGCAGUGUAAAAUGAUUAAUAUGGUGAUUAUUACUUCAAGGAAAUGAUAAAGAAAUGAUCAUAAAUGUUCUUCCUUGAGCUGCGAAACCCCACUGUAGUCCGUAAUGGACUGGCCCGAGUUCUCUCGGCUGGGACCUUAUAUGUACUGUUGAUGAAGUUAGGUGCUGUUCUGAGCAUUAUUUGUGGCUAUAGAGUGGUGUUUUUGUUGAGGUUUGUUUAUGUCUCCUCAGACCGCUGUGUAUUACUAUCCUGCGGUCGUUACUAAAGUUGGUAUAACUAGAGAAGCAAGCAGUCGGCAACAUUCAUCUUUCAAGGGGGUGUCUAACUCGGUGUUACGGUGUGUUUGAGCCUAAAUUAACUUUACAACGGAAUAUCCCUUUGAGACCAGACCUCGAGAAGUUGUUACAUUAUUGUAACCUCUGAAAAAAAGAAACAGUUAUGGCUUGUAAAUGACUGUUUUUAGAUCUUUAUUUGUUGUAGGUUCAAUAGUUACUCAUGAUUUAACACAUUUGUAAUUGUGUGUUUAAGUUUUCCUGAUUUCGGAUUAAAAAAGAGUUUUAAGUCUACAUUAACAGUCCAAAACUGUUCUCCCCAGUGUCUUGAUUUGGGGGUCAAAUGAGUGCGAUGAAACGGUCCGGAUUUACAGAUUUAGGGUCUGAUGAACACCUGAGUGACCUGAAACCAUCAUGUUUGGGCCACAUGUAGAUGCAGUUUGAGGUGGUUUUCAAAAACUCCUGUUUUUAAUAAAAAGAUCUGUUUUGCGUCUAAGAUAAUGCACAGCUCUGAUGGUUUAUUUGAUGGAUGGACACUCUUCAUCUUCAACAUGACUGAAAUGAUUUCUCAUAAAUCUGAAACCUCCAUGAUUUUGUCUUUUCAGUGUCUGAGCCGCAGCACGGCGGUUGAAAUCGUCAACAGCAGUAAAGUCCUGCAGGCUGAGACCAAGAUGCUGCUGGAUGGAAAACUACUGGUACGGUCCUUCACUUUCACCCUCGUCCUCUCUCUCUCUCUCUCUCUGUUGUCUUUGUCCCCUCCUCUGCUCUCUCUCUUUUGAAGCUUCAACGUCUCAAAUUUCAGUUUUGUUGCCGUCCAGGUUCAUCCUCUGUUUGCUUUACGUUUGUUUACCUUGACUCACUAAAGAGUCCAGCUACAGAGCUCACAAACUCGUCUUCCUGCUCCGCUUUGCUUAAUGUUUACAUCCCCGUUUAGACGAAUUAGGCGAAACUUUCUCUGAUUGUAUCUGCAGGAUUUCACAGACACCCUGUGAUGAAGUCCAGGUGGUGAUUUCUCUUCUCUUGUUGUUCCUGAAACGAGCGAGAUAAGACUAAACGGAGCAGACAGAGAAGAAUGAGCCACAAACAGGAUUUAUUCACACGAUAUGCUAAUCACCUUCAGUUUGUUUGCCGAACAGGUGAACAGAUGUUUCGCUUUGACAAAUCUGUGAAUUUGCAUAACCUUCACGAGGAAUCAGAACGUACACAAACCUCAGAUGGUGGAGGAGCGGAGCAGAUGUUUCAGGUUGACAAAGGGAGGAUGUACAUCUUCAUUAAAGCUUCAUUUACAGAAGCUGCAGUCCUCCUUCUGUCUGAAACUCUCCGAGCGAAUGAAAGAAAACAGAGUCAGGGUCGAUAGAAAGUCUAAAAACCUCGAGUGAGACCUUUUCUUCAUCCUCUACAGUCGGAGUGUCCAGAGGAAGAGGAGCUGCGGUCGACUCUGAACAGCCUCAGCGCUGAGCUCCACAAACUGGACGACAUCCACUGGAUCUGCCCGCUGAUGCAGUGCUCUGAAGAGGUACGAGGAGGGAAAUGUAGUUUUUGGUUUAUGAGUCUGACAGGGAACUUGUUUUGUCGUUCAAAUUUGUGCUUCUGCUUUUCUUGUCAAGUGUAUUUAUAGCAGAAUUGGAAACAAAAGGUAGGUAGGUAGAAUUUAACAAAAUAGAAAAAGUACAGAGUGAAAAACUAAAAAAAGUCAGUGAAAGGAUGAAUCAAUCAACCAGACCUUUCUGAAACUUUUUUACCUUUUCACCCGACCUUCACCUGUACUCAACAAGACAAAAUGGCCGUCUCCAGUUACCUUCCUGUCGAACUUCUAGUCAUCAGUCUAAUAUCACUUUUAGAGAACCGGAAAUAUGGAAUAAUCUGGAUGCACCUCUAAAAUCAAUAUCAUCCUUUAACUCCUUUAAAAUAUCAUUAAAAUCUCACCUGAUCAUUAUCGGUUAUCAUGUUUCUUUCCUUUUUUAUGAAUACUUAUAUUGUCUCUAUCACUGUUUGAUGAUCAGUCUGUGUUCUAUUUAUGGCAAUUUGUAUCUGUUUGACCUUUCCCUAAUCAUCGUAUAUUUAUAACCUGUCUAUGUCCGAGUAAAAAAUAAAUACAAAUAAAUACAAAUACAAAAAAAGCGUUAAAAUAAGGAUAAAAGCAGAUAAAUUAGAUCAAAACAAUAAUUAAUAAAAGCCUUAAGAGAGAUAAAAGCAACAAUGAACAAAAUGAUUUUAUUUAAAAGAUCAAAGUUGUUAAAAAAAGAUGAAAGUGAUUAAAAGAGAUAAAAGUAUUUAAAUAGAUAAAAGUGAUUGAAGAAAAUAAAAAUAUUUAUAAAAGUGAUUAAAAGAGAUCAAAGUAAUUUAAAAAAGAUCAAGGCAGAAUCAAAUAAAAUUCUUAAAGAAGUUCAAAGAAACUGAUUAUUGUGGAAAUAAAGUAAACAAAAGACUUAAUAAAAAAAAUUCAGGAUCACACUGAAGAAAAAGCUGUUUAAAAAAAAAAAAAAAUUCUCUGAGGAAAUUCCUACUUGUGUCAGUUUUUGCGCCCCCCUGUGGACAAAGUUGUCCCUUUUCAAGUAUUCAUCCUUUUUAUGUUUCUGACAAUAAAAAUCUAGUUCUGCUUUUUCUGGAUUUUUGAUUUGGAAAAUUUCAAUCAUUAAAAAAAAAUUAGGUGAAAAUGUUUUCCUUGCUGUGAAACUUUUGACUCCUGCCGCCUCCAUAUGACAUUUACAGAUAUCAAAUUAACACCAGAGAUUGUCAGCCUUGUUGUUGUUCGUCUUGUAUGGUUUGAUGGAGGUUGAUUUUUGUUUAUUUCAGUCUGUUUUAUCACUUAGUGUAGCUUUAAAAAAAGGACAAAUAUUCUACCUCACUGAGGAACUUUUACUGAAUUUUGUCUCUUCUUGAAGCUUCAUUUUUGUUAGCAAAUGUGUAAAUGGAAACACAGAAGCAACAACAGUCUGGUUUGGAGAUCUGGUCCAGGUCUGAUCGGUGCUUCUGUCUCUCGUUUAGGACUCAGUCAGGAGCAGCAGUAAGAGCAGCAGCAGCAGCAGCAGCAUGAAGCUGAAGAUCAUUCCUAAAGUGAAGAAGGAGAGAGAGAAGCUCCACAAGCAGAAGUCCAACAGCUCUCUCUCAGGUAAGAAGGUGUCUCAGCUUUCAGUGUUUGACUCUAUAAUCGAAAACCACGAGCCCUGCUGCCGCGGCGACGAUCCACCUGACCAUAAAGUUCAGAAACAUAAACAGCAGCCGGUCUUUAAUAAAUCAGUCUGAAGGAUCUUUGAAGGUCUCGUGGUCCCGGAGGAGAGCGGCUCACAAAAACACAAAUACUCUCUCUAAAUCUGCUUUAAUGGACUCUGUCGAGGUUCAGGUGUCGCUCCAUAAAGGUUUUUACUCACUAAACUUUUCACCGUUUUCCUUUUGUGUUGUUUCACGUCUCCUGCAGGAACCUGGGAUGUCAAAGGUGGGGCGGGCGAGGCGGACUCCCCCGGGAACUGAAGUCCUGAGCGGGGGUGCUUUUCUUUCAGCCCCUUGUCACUUUAACAAACAGGCGUGAGAAGCUGAGCGCGAUCGCCACGUCCUGAGAGGCGUGAGAGGACGAAAAGGAAGAACAUCUCCACGACUUUGACGCCAUUUCCUCCACGUUCGAGGUCUUUACCCCCUCUCUCUUUCUCUCUCUUACUCUCUCUCUCUCUCUCUCUCUCUCUCUCUCUCUCUCGGAGGACGAUGAAGGUGUUCCUUUAAUUUUUCAGAUUUCACAUGUUUUGAAGGGGCCUGGCUUUGCAUCGCAUCGCUUCACCAUCGGCGUUCUGCUUUUGGUUUGUUUACCCGCUUGAGUUAGGAUGUUGUCGGGGUAGGCAGCGAAUCAAAGAAGGGACGGAAGAAAAAGUUCUUCCACUUUUUUUUCUUUUUUCUUUUCGUUUGUUUGUUUUUUUUCGACGAAGAAUUGUGUUUACGUGGUGCUCUCUUUGCAUGUCGAGCGCCGCCGUCUUCUUUUCUAUCUAUCAUACGUUGUUACGACUCUUUAAUCCUCUUCUUUGAAUCCUUUUCUUCUUAACUUGCAGCCUUUAGACUUUGAUUUUUUGUUUUUUCUCCGAACUUUGGGAGAGUAUUUAUUUCUUGUUGCUACUGCCAUGGGAACUCGAACGGCAACAAGUCUUGAAAAACGAUCAAACUGAAACAUCUCAACCUUAUCGUCUACUGAACUUUUGGAAAUAUCUUAAAUGUUGCAAAAAAUACUCUGAGGAAUGUACUUGUGUGGACUUGUAUUAUUUACCUGUGAAUAAUGUUCAUCAUAUAAGAUUUCACAAAGGUUCUAUCGUCGUGGUUUAAAGUGGUUCUUCAGUAGGCUGUUGUCCGACUUGUGCUAACUGAGGCUAUGCAGCCGCACUGCGAAGAAAAAAAAAAAUCGUCUUUUUUUACGAGGAGUCGUUUUGUCUAGAAGUGUGAAAAACUGCAGGAUUUAACAUUUAAGAUUUGACGUAUUUAAAGAUGAAUUUUGAGGACAAAAUGACUCCGAUUUUUCGCAGUGUAAGGUGAAGGUGUUUACUGAAGGAGGAAGCAUCAACCAAAACGUUACAGCUACUCAGUAUAUUAGUCCUACUUUGCCAUACUGCUGAUUGUAUAUGUAAUAUAAGAAUAAGAGUCAGUGGAUAUUUAAGUUUGCCUUGUCUGUGGUUAAAAGCUAUUCUAUUAUUAUUAUUAUUAUUAUUAUAGUUAUUAUUCUAUCAUGAUUGCAAAAAUAUAUCUAUUUUUUUGUAUUUCUUAUUUUCUGAACGCUGAUCUGCUUUGCUGCUUCCCCCUUUGACAAACUCCUUGGCCACUGUGCAUAUAAUCAACGCCAGUUAAAGCUGUUCUGUGUCCCUGCAUGCAAACUUAGAUCUACUUCGCCUCACAGAGACGACAGAGGUCGGUCGCCUCAGAACGACAGGUUUUAGCCAAAUUCUUCACAGAGUUAAAAAGGAUUUUAACGGCUUUCCACGCCUCGGUUUUUACGUCUCAGUUACAUCGCUGAUUUAUCCAAACUCUAAAGGAAUCCAAAAAAAAUUUCACAACUUCAUAUUUGUGAUUUUAGUCUGAAACAAAUUAGGUACAAGAAUCGUCCUUAAAUACAUGUUUUGUAAAACUGGGAAGUUUACGAAAAUUUCACAAAAGUUAACGAUUUCUGUAAGAAAAUUCUAUCCUAGUUUCAAGAUAGUUUUUACAUGAAAUCUUUUACAAUUCAGGGUAGUUACUAAUUUGCUGUUUUUCUGUAAGAUGAAAAAAAAAUAUGUAGUUUAAAAUCUUUUAUCUUUUGGAGAACGAGUUUACCAGAAAGAUCCUCCGGUAAUGACGAAAAAUGUGGAAGAAUUCAGAAACAGUGUCUAUAAAAAGCUCCUUGUUUGUUUUACAAACUACUUUUUUGGUUAAAAUGUUCAAUAUAAACAUUCAGCCGGGUAAAAAAAAAAAGAAAAAAAUUCUGAGUUGUGUUUCAGAAGCUUAAACUGGAUUGUCAUGAGUCGUGUUAGCUAAAAUAGUUAGCUAGCUUAAUCAGUAAUAAGGCAAACUGAAGUGAAAGAAAUAAAUUUUUCCCAGUUGAUUUUCCAACAAAUAUUGAUAAUUGAAACUUUAAUUUCUUAAAUUUUUAUGGCAAUUUUUUUUUUUUAAUAUGUAAAAAUGAAGCAUUUUUUGCUUAACACAGUUAGUUUUUUGUAUUUUUGCAAGGCCUUUUUUUAAUUAACCUUUAAUUCAACAGGAGUAAAAUUUUGUGAAAUUAAAAAUCUCUUUUUUUAAUAGUAUCUUAUCCUGAUUCUGACAAAGAGCAGCUGCACAUACACAAAAUUCAAAAAUAUUGUUUACUAAGCUUCUAGAUCUUAGUUGUAAGCAAACGUUAGCUGGACAAGCUAGCCAGCUAAACUGAUAAAAUUUAGUGUUUUAGUCUUACAACUGAUAUACAACAAAUACUCUAUUCCUAAACUUGUCAGAGCGUUUUUUUUUUUACAUUUUCCAAAUUAAGUAAAAGUUACGUUGACAAAGACUGAACAUGAGCUAGCUUAGAAUAAAAGCUACAUUACGUUACGUAGUUAUAAGUAUAGUUUGUUGUGAAAAAAACUCUAAUUUAGAAGUGGAAUGAAGGGAUAAGAUAGUGCCAAAUUAAAGGAUCAUUGCAGUGUUUUUUUCUGUUCGUGGAAAGGUUUAGCUCUUUUUCCCGCCAAAUUUACCCAUGCUAACCCCUGACGUGCUGUGAGGCGUCGUAGAUGUUCAGCUCUGGUAGGAUUGUGCUACUGUAUCCAUAGUGUGCCGGCUUAAUGCUCUACACCUUAGAGGCUUUAGUGGUGUCGUGCCAAGUUUGUACUGAGUUCAGUGGGUUAUGAGACAUACAAGGUAUGCGUGUGAGAGUGCGUUAGCUUCAGAUGCGAAUGUUGUUGUAUGUCGUACAUUUCAAAGUUUACUGUAUCUUGCCUUGCACUUUACGAAAACGCAAACUUAAUGGGGAAAAAAAGACAUUUGUGUGCAUGUGUGCGUGUGUGUUUAAGAUUUUGAGUGUUUUUUAAAUUAAUUUGAUGAAAAAUCUUUUAUUUAUGAUAAAUGUAUACAGACAAAAGUGUGUUGAUACGAUGUAAUAUAUCUAACCAAACGUUAAUGAAUGAUAACUAUAUAAAGAUGUAUACACAAAUGUUUAUUACAUCAGUGGUUGUACAAUAACUCCAACAGCAGCUUGAGAUUUCCGAUUUAAUGCCAAUGUUAUGACUGUGAUUUAAUGUCAUUCCACUGCCACAGCAAUGUCAUAGAAGUGUCUUUCCAAUGUAACACCAACCGGUAUUGAAAUACUGUUCAAAGUGUCAUGAAUAUUUAAACUACUCCAACUUUAAGCCAAAGUCAAUGGAUUCUCCAGUGUUGUCACAGACUACUGAUGAAUUGUUUACACAGAAAAAAGAUGUCAUACUCAGCCUAUGUUUAGCCAAUAUUUGGGUGAACAUUUGUGUAUAUUUUUGAGAUUGUAACAUCUACUUUAGACAGUCGAACUUGUGCUUUACUCGCCAUUCACCGUGCUGAAACUGAACGCGAGUGACGUCGACUUGGAGAACACGUUCAUGGAAGUCCUUUUUUUGGAAUUUGAGAAACCUUGCCUGUGUUUUUACUCUCUUUAAAGUUAAGAGGUUUUUUGGUUGUAUUUUUACGCAUCAUCAUUUGUCACUUUUAGAAUAUUUUUUCCGGAUGAUGUUAUUUUCUUUUUAUCGAACAGCGUAACAUUUGCUUUUGACUGAAACUCUUCCAAGGUGGAGCUGAAAAGAGAAAAAAAAAACGUACCAACUACUAACCCACAAACGACAAACACUCCACCAUGUUUGUGCAACAGUUCGUCAUAGAAAAUAUUUGUGAACGCACCCCUUGAUCCGAACAGCCUACAUAUACGAGACUGUGUGCGCAAUGCUGGAAGCCAGACUAGAUGUUGCACGACUCUGUACGUCGCGAGGUGUUUUAUUGUGUUAUUGUGUGCAGUGUGUAACAAAGACAAAGUCAGCGCAAACUCUUGGAGAUUAAAUGAAUUAUUGAAGUGUGAA